GUCAUGGUGUUGCAGAACAGCGGCCGACUGAAGGCGGGAGACCGGGGGGACCGGGACAACCAGCAGUAAGUGGCCGCUCUCACACACGGGGUGAAAGAGAGUGAGUAGGGCAGGAAUAGCUGGACUCGGGCACCCCAGCUGUUAUGUGUUACUUACACACGCCUUGUAUUAUGGGAAAUGUAGUCCAGUAACAGCUGAAGUGCCCUAGUGUUAGCAGUUCUGAUCUCCACUCACUGUUGUUGGUGCUAAUGCUGGGGAGUUCAUCAUGCUCGUGGUUAAAUGUGGUUAGUGGGGUUUAGUAAACAAACCUUGAUUUUUAGAUAAAUGAGAUCCCAAGGGCAAAAUUGGGCUAAAACAGCAGAUUUGGAAAAUAUCCAUCUCAAACAACAAUCCGGCACCAAAAUGAAGUUGUUAUGGUGCUAGGAUGCCCCUGGAGCCGGCUCAACCACUCACAAAUGGAAUAAAGGAUCACUAUAGUGUCAGAAAAACAAACAAGUUUUCCUGACACUAUAUAAUCCUUGGGUGUCCCCCUCCCGUGGUGCUGAAGGGGUUAAAAGACUUUCAGCCACUUUCCUUAAUCCAGCGCCAAGUUCCCUCAGCGCUGGUGACCUCUUCUCCCCCGCCGUCGUCAGCUCCUGAGUGGAGUUGAAUGUGCAUGCGCGGCAAGAGCCACGCUUGCCUUCUAACAGUCCAUUGGAAAGCAUUUCUCAAUGCUUUCCUAUGGACGUUCUGCACGCUCUAGCGGCUCUGAAACUGUUUACAUCUGCAGGGUUAAAACCUGGAGGACCUGGCACCCAGGCCACUUAAUUGAGCUUAAGUGAUCUGGGUCACUAUAGUGUCCCUGGGUGCCUAUAGUGGUCCUUUAAAAGGCCACUACAGCUCACUAAAGUGCUCUGGGUGCAGUGUCCCAGUCCCACUUAGUCCUGCAAUGUAAGUCAUUGCAGCUUUUGAGAAACUGCACUAAUUACCUUGCAGGACUAAGACUGCCUCUAGUGACUGUCAAUCAGACAGCCACUUGAUGCACUUCCUGGUGACUGACUGACUUUUGGUCUCAUAACUGACGCUGGACUUCCUCACGGUUUGCACGAGGACAGCCAGCGUCAGUAAAAUUCCCAUAGGAAGCAUUGAAGCAAUGCAUUCCAAUCGGGAGGACCCAAUGUGCUCGCUCUGCAUGCGCAUUAUCCCUCCUGGGUUGGAGGAAUUGGAAUGCCGAGGGACAUUAGUUUUAGAAUUGGGUAAGUCAGUCGUGUGCCAAGCCUCUUUUUCAUCGUCCUAUCUUCGUGAUGUUGUUCCGAGACUGGAUGAAUGCAAAAUCCCACAGCACAGGGAGAACGUUGCGUUCCAAGCCUCUAUCUUCCUUUCUUCCGGAUUCUUCUGUGACAAGGGGAUUAUAGUCACUAUACAUCCGUCGCGUCACUUCCGGAAGUUCCGUGAGGUGUUGUGGUCCUGAAAGCUCUUCCGUUGUAUAUCUUUGUUUCCAUAGUGAUGUAUACAUGACAUGAGUCUGUAAUGAUUGCUUGUAACAAGAGAAAUUUAAAGAGAUUCAUAAACAAUAUGUUAUUGUAACCCUUCUUGUAACCAUUGUAUAAAUACUGCAUUAAUUCAGCAAAUAUGAUUCAAGUCCCAUUAUGUUUAGGCUUGUAUCAUCAUUAUUAUUGAAGGCUUCUAGGUUAAGUGUAAAAAUAAAUCUUGUGAUGAAUGUAUUAAAGAUUGAAAAUUAGAUCCCUUUUUUUUUUUUUUUUUUUUUAAAGGAAAAAGAUUAAAAAAUUAUCUGAACUAUAAAAAAGCAGCUUAAAAUAGGAAUUAAUAAUAGUAAAUGGUACAUUAUUCUAAUAAUAAAGUGGGUAUUUAUUAGAAAGCUAUAUAAAAAAGUUAUAUCAAAGGGAAAACCUAUAGAUAAGUUCUAAAAAAUCUAUAGAUUACAAAAAAUUAUGUAUUUCAAAUUCAUGAUUUAAGCCAUGGGGAUAAGAGGGUUUCAUUUUAAAAUCCAUUCUAUCUCCUUUUCCCUUAAUUUUUGGUUAAACUUCCCUCCUCUCCAUUCCUGUGAAAUUUUAUUAAAGGACCACUAUAGUGCCCUGAGGGUGCCCCCACCCUCAGGGUCCCCCUCCCGCCGGGCUCUGGGGUGUGGGCUUUCUCCAGCGCCGGGCGGGGAGCUCUCCUCCCUCUUCUCCUCUUCGGCUGAAUGCCCAUGCGCGGCAGGAGCCGCGUGCGCAUUCAGCCAGUCCAUAGGAAAGCAUUCACAAUGCCUUCCUAUGGACGCUGGCGUCUUCUCACUGUGAUUUUCACAGUGAGAAGCACGCAAGCGCCUCUAGCGGCUGUCAAUGAAACAGCCACUAGUGCCUGGAUUAACCCAUUUAUAAACAUAUGUUUAUAGAAAUAAGGGUUAACCCUAGCUGGACCUGGCACCCAGACCACUUCAUUAAGCUGAAGUGGUCUGGGUGCCUAUAGUGGUCCUUUAAUUCCCAUAAAAUGCAUCCCAUUCAGAUGUUGACUGUGGUAACGUUUAAAAUGAGCUGAUACUCUAUGGUCAAAACCUUUUAAUAUAUUGCGUAUAUGUUCCUCUAUACGUGUACAUAGAUGUCUUGUUGUUUUUCCCACAUAAUUAAGACCACGGGGACACCUUAAGAGAUAAAACCACCUUAAUGGUGGGUUUUGCACACUAUAGGGUCAGGAAUACGUAUUUGUGUUCCUGACUCUAUAGUGUUCCUUUAAGUAUUCUACUGUGGUUUCCUGUUCUCUUACAGGCUAGGCAUUGUCCGCAGCCAUGAAAACCUUUCUGCAUACCUCAGAGUGUUUCCUUCUUUUCUGUUUUUAUAUAGCUUCUAGUUAAGCAACGUCUUGGGUUACUUACCCCUCUAUAUACAAAUGUUGGUUUUGAGAGUUGGAUACAUUUUUUUUUAAAUUCUUUAUUGUUUCUGUGCAUGAAAAUUACAAGCAUGUGUGAUGUGCCACAACAGCACGCAUAUGUUAAUCAUCGAAAAAUCUCAAUUUGGCACUAGAAAACUGCAUUUUUUUUUUUUUAAAUCAUCAUUUUGGUACAAGCUAGACACAUUUUGUAGGCAUAUAGUGAAACAAGGACACAAACCUAUGUCGGUGCACAAUGAUGAAACAUGCUAAGCUGUAAGUGCUCUAACUAAAAGCAUGGGAGUGAUUAGAUGUGUAUGCACGUUAAGGUGUAACAGAUGUUGACUAUACACUAUAGUCACCUGAACAACUUUAGCUUAAUGAAGCAGUUUUGGUGAAUAGAACAUGCCCCUGCAGCCUCACUGCUCAAUCCUCUGCCAUUUAGGAGUUAAAUCCCUUUGUUUAUGAACCCUAGUCACACCUCCCUGCAUGUGACUUGCACAGCCUUCCAUAAACACUUCCUAUAAAGAGAACCCUAUUUAGGCUUUCUUUAUUGCAAGGUCUGUUUAAGAUUUUCUUAUCCCCUGCUAUGUUAAUAGCUUGCUAGACCCUGCAAGAGCCUCCUGUAUGUGAUUAAAGUUACAUUUAGAGAUUGAGAUACAAUUAUUUAAGGUAAAUUACAUAUGUUUGAAAGUGAAACCAGUUUUUUUUUCAUGCAGGCUCUGUCAAUCAUAGCCAGGGGAGGUGUGGCUAGGGCUGCAUAAACAGAAACAAAGUGAUUUAACUCCUAAAUGACAGCGAAUUGAGCAGUGAAAUUGCAGGAGAAUGAUCUAUACACUAAAACUGCUUUAUUUAGGUGACUAUAGUGUUCCUUUAAACAACAGUGGCAAUGUAGGUAUGAGCUAAGUUCACUCAGGGAACCACUGGGUCACGCUUGUCUACAGUGGCACAAAGCUUAAUCAAGGCAUGGUGCACAAAAAGUGCAAGGGGAGUAGGAAUGUGAAGGUAUUAUUACAGCACAAGGUAUACUCCUCAUUGCGCCCGCCGAAAACAUGCUCUCAGUUCACAGUGCAGGGCAUGUGCGCUGUGAGGCAUAGUGUUGGGUGCUUCAUCCUAUGCCCAGUGCAGGAAUGUCUCGAAGUUUGGCAUUAGGGGCCUCUUCAAUGGCGCCUCUGUGUUGGGAUUCAGCUCCGUCAAUAGACGGUGGGGUGGACCACUGCCAAGCGACCCAGUUGUCGGCUAUGGCCGUAAAGGGCAGAGGUAUGCCGUGUUGGACUCUGAUUCUUGGGUGAGGUGAGGUGCGUGAUUGUGGGGCUUGUUUAGGAAUCCUGCUCCUGCGUGUGUGGGAGCGAGUGCUUGUGCCCGUACACCAUGGCGCCGUUUCCCACCUUGUUGAUCGAUUGUGUCUGCGCAGCCGGAUAGCUGCUCUGGGGGCUUGCGGCAGGGGAUAACUGCUCUGGGGGCUUGCGGUGACUGGGCGAAUCCAUGGAACCACCGCUCUCACCGCUUGAUAGUGAGUCGCUCUGCCGCUUGAUAGCCGGUGAAAAGCCACCAUGGGCUGCAUUGGUGGCUGGGUGCUUGUGCUGUUUGACUUAGGCCUUUGCUUGGCCGCCAUCUUGGCUGUGCCUCGACGGUGCAGUACCCCUGUAGGCUGUAUGGCCAGUAAAUUAUCAGGUAAAUUCAUCCUCAGUGGGGACUGGGAUAACUCUCAAUGGUCCAAAAGGAGGGGGGCAGUAGUGUUUGCCGAGUCACUCCGAGGUCGGGGAAAGCGGCCGUCUCAUCCUGGCUCCAACUCUGGUAGGUCGCACCUGGCGUUCGGAGUUGUAUCUCUCGCUUCGGUGGUGCACCCUAGUAUGCCUGAGGGCUUCGUAGCCGACGCUAUUUCUCCAGUUUUUGCCCGCCGGGCAGGAGCUCAUAUAACCCAUGUCCACUCCGCUUGAAGUCAAUUUUGUUUAACACGUGAGUAUUGUUCUAUAUCCGUGCAGUUUCUUCUUAUUCCUAGAAACUGUCCUCUAGGAGAAUUUUCCAGCCAUGAUGAGAAAUUACAACUUUCUCUCUCAAUGAAGCUGUUUGCAUCCACUGCUUUAAAAUGUUUUUUUAGUUUUUAUUGUACCUUGAUCUAUAAAUAUAGUUAAACUCAGGAAUACCACUUUUGCUCUAGUCACUUGUUAAUUUUAUUCCCAAUGUGUUAUUUAAAAAUUCUGAAAAGUUAUUUGGUUCUAUUUCUUCUCCCUUCCAAAAGAUUUCAUCAAUGUAUCUGCCAUAAGUAACCAUGUUUUGUUCCCAGCUAUGAGCAUUGUAUAUAAAAUUAUUUUCUUAAUAUGCCAUAAAAAGAUUGGCAUAGCUCAGAGCAAACUUGGUACCCAUGGCAUUACCUUUUUAUUUGCAUAUAAAAUUCUUCUUUAAACCCCCCAAAAAAAUAUUAUUAAGAAUAAAUUAAAUACCUUCUAAAAUGAAUUUAGUUUGGAGGGCUAAAAAUGCAGAAUAAUUUUUUUUUUUUUUUUUUUUAACCAGCUGCUUCACAGCCAUGUUGGUGAGGUAUAUUGUUGUAUCGGGCUGCGACGUUAUUUAAAAUGUCUAAUCCUUUAUUUAAAAACUCUUAAAAUUAAUAUGAAUUUUUUUUUUUUUUUUUUAUUAGUUGUUGUUGUUUUUUUUUAUUUCUUACACGUAUUUAAAUCUGAUAAAAUAUUAUUAGCAUCUUAGUUGUAAAAUUCUUUGAACAUUAAAACAAUUACACCCCUUUUAUCUGCUGGUUUUAUCACUAGAUCUGUAUCUUGCCAUUAUUUGCCCAGCCGGCUGCUUUAGGUAAAAGGCUGACAAAUCCCAGGCGCCAGGGCAAAAUUUCUAGUCGACCUGGCGCCUGAGAUUUGUCGAUCCUUGGAGUAGAGUAAAUAUGUACUCCGUGUAUUCACAAUGUGUUCACCAAAGAACAGAAAGGGUUGUUUGGCAUUUUCAAAGGCUGCAGGUAUCCUAUUAACAGUUGUGUAAGAGAGUAUAAAUGUUCUUAUUUUAUCUAUCUUCAGAGAUGAUGCUUCAGCAAGUUCAGCUGCCAAGAGAUUGGAGCGCAGUCUGUGGACGGAUAAGAUUGAUGUUCAGUAUGGCUUUGAAAGAAUUCGGGAACCAGGAGAGAAGACAGGCUGGCUUAUUAACAUGCAUCCGGUCGGUGCCAGCCCUAUUCUUCUUUUAUCCUUCCCCAAAUUUAGAAUACACUUUGCUCUUAUACAAUGUAGUUGGCAGUUACAUUUGUGCUGACAGUGAAACAGAGUGUUGAAAUUUGAUUUUAAAAUGCUACUUGUUCCAGUGUUCAUAUAGGUCACAUUUGAAGGCCCAACCAGUAUUCUCAUUACUAAGUUCACCUUUAGCUUUUUACAGAACUUCCAGUUCAGGGCUGGCUUUGCCAUACACUGCUAAUUUCUGUUAGGUUUGUAAAACUUGGGUAAAUAUUUGUGAACACUUUUUCAGCCUUCCAAAGUAGGUAAGAAUUUGAAAGGUAAUGAUUAGUUCUUGAUCACCAGCUGUUAUUUGUAUGUUUACUCAUGCUUAUUGUUUCUGUAUUCUACAGAAUGAAAUUCUGGAUGAGGAUAAGCGUUUGAUUAGUGCUGUGGAUUAUUAUUUCAUACAGGAGGAUGGGAGUCGGUUCAAGGUGAGAGUUGAGGCUGUGUUCACAAUAGCUAAUUUUCAGUAUACUUAGAUUUAUUGAUUUUCUUGCCUCUCUCUUUAAUAACUUAUUGCUAUUUCUAAUAUGUGCAGGUUUAAAUUUAUGCAGUCUUUAUUAGGAAGUGUAUGAGCUUUGCUAAUAUGUACUUGUUCCCUGCAGGUGGCACUGCCAUACAAGCCUUAUUUCUACAUUGCCACUAAAAAGGUAGGGAUAUGUUUGGGGGAUCUUUUGCCUUCAUUUAUAGCAUUUUACAGUCAUGACAUUGUGUGGCUUGUUUUGUUUUACAGGGAUGUGAAAGAGAGGUAUCAUCUUUUCUUUCCAAAAAGUUCCAAGGAAAGCUGGCAAAACUGGAGACUGUACUGAAAGAAGACCUUGAUUUGGUUAGUAACUGGCUCUGGUUCUGAUUCUCAUUUACAUUAAGGGUAUAAAUGUGUGUAUCCCCUUGAUCACCCAAGCAGUUUUCAUUCCUCACUUUAUUUAGAUUAAUAUUUAAAGCUUUUUUUAUACUGGUUUAUUGUACAGUAAUGCAUAAAAAAGGUGAUCUGGUUACCACUAAUAACAACUUUAAAGUGUUUAUGGUACCUACUGUCCAUGGGCACUGUGUUCUACUUCCCUGUUAAAAUCUUAGCUUACCGUUUCUAAAGGAUGCAGAGUCUGUCAGGACUUGCAGCCCAGCCCCCAACGACUGUGUGGCAGAGAUAGUGAGUUGAUCCUCCUUAUGCCAUAACGAGUAAUACCAGACUGUGAUAGGCUGAGAACAUCAGCUUAUGUUCCAACUUCACUUCCUGCUUUCCCUAUCUGUGGGCAUAGGCAGUGAUUGGUUGAGAGGUCAAACUUAUUAGUCCCUGGUGAAGUACUAAGGAAUUGUGCAUCACUGUGAAAAAGUAAGAUAGCGGUUUGACAGGGAUGUGGGAGAUGGUACCCCCUGACUCCAGACACCAUAACAACUUUAACUAGUUGAUGUGGUUAUGGUGCCUACAAUAUACAUUUUAAGGAAGAAGCUAGUUGCAAAGAUAAUCUUUAAUUCACUUUUUGUACUGCAUGAUAUUGUCUGUCACUUUUACUGUGCCUGUGGCCCAAUUUCCCUGUGUUCACCCUAUGAUCAGUAGGGAUUUGUAAGUGACAUGUUAUAUACGCUGUGCAUGAAGUGUUGCACUUUGCUGUUUUUUGUUUUUUUUGUUUGUUUGGUUUUUUUUUUUUUUUGGUUUUUUUUUAAUGAGGUUCAUAGUCUGAAGCUUUAUUAAAACUUAUUUAUUUUAUCACCCCUUCAGCCAAACCACUUAGUGGGCCUGAAAAGAACUUACAUUAAAUUGUUGUUCCACUCUGUUGAUGACCUGGUGAAAGUGAGGAAAGAGAUAUCCCCUGCUGUGCGUAAAAACAAGGAGCGGGAUCAUGCCAGUGAAACUUACACAUCUAUGCUCUCUAGGUACUUGCACACUAAAUCUGACUCUGCCUCUCACUGUGCAAAGGCAUUUUUGAAGGAGUUGAUAAAAACUUCUGAAGUUGAAUUCUUCUCCCCACCUAUCAAACUAUCUGAGGAAACAGACACAAGAGUGUAUCACAUCAACUACCAUGGAAAUAUUUGCACUUAACUUGAGGGGCUUAUGUCAAUAGUAAGAGUUAAUUGUACUAUAUAAAACAUUUUAGUCCAUAUGUAGCUUGUAAUUGUUUUUAAACUGCAACUCCUGUGAUGCUCAGGGAGCAACAUAUACUCUAAUUUUCUUUCAUUACUGAGCAACACUAUAUCUACUAGCUAUUUUCAAAAAAAUAUAUAAAAAGUUGAAGUACUGAUGUGACUUGAUAGAAUUUUUAAUGUUGUAUGACAUAAGUGUGUACAACACUCAGUUUUGAAUCUAGGAAUGUUAAACAUUUUUGUUCUGUGAAUGUAAAAAGUGUGUAGUAUCUAUACAAUAUGGAAUUCUUUCGGAAGUGGCCAUAGUGUACUUCUGUAUUGAUCUAAAUUGUGGCAUUAAAGGAUCAAUAUAGGGUCAAGGAACACAAACCUGUAUUCCUGACUUUAGUGUUAAAACCACCAUCUAGCCCCCAUGAACCCCUCCUGCCUCCAUAAAUAUAGUAAAUCUUACUGUUUUCAAGCCUGAAGCUGUAACUCUGCAUGCUGUUAGACUCAGAAAAAACAAGAAGUCUGCUGACAUCAGAAGUGGUAGCCUGAUCCAAUCACAUGCUUCCCCAUAGGAUUGGCUGAGACUGACAAGGAGGUAGAUCAGGAGCAGAGCCAGCAUUAUUCAAACACCGCCCUGGCCAAUCAGCAUCUCCUCAUAGAGAUGAAUUGAAUCAAUGAUUUUCUAUGAGGAAAGUUCAGUGUCUGCAUGCAGAGGGAGGAGAUACUGAAUGUUUGGAUGCAUUUUAAGCACCCCCGACCCAGGAAGGAUCUCUAACAGCUAUCUGGGGAGUGGCCAGUGAAGUUAUCACUAGGCUGUAAUGUAAACACUGCAUUUUCUCUGAAAAGACAGUGUUUACAGCAAAAAGCCUUAAGGUAAUGAUUCUACUCACCAGAACAAAUUCAAUAAGCUGUUGUUGUUCUGGUGACUGUGUCCCUUUUUAAUUAAUUCCAAGUAAUGCCAUAAGAAGAAUAUGUCAAAAGGUUGACAUCCGUAGUGCUUAGCUGGAAAGGUUUGUUAUACUAAGGUAAAAAUGUAGAAACCGAUCCGUCACUCCCUCUUUCAGAGACCUAAUACAAAAAUAAAAUAAACAUGCAUACAUUUGUCUCCUAUAGCAGCUCUGGAUGUUUGAUUACUCUACUCUGCUACACAUUUGCAUUUUUGCAGUCUGUGCCAAGGGUUGCUUUUGAUCUCCUCUCAGUCACCUGUAGAGAAGUGGGCAUUUAAGAACUUUGAGGUUUUUAAUAAAACUAAUGAUGAAUCAUACAUUGGACAUACAUCUUAAUGUCUCCCUGUCCCUACUUCUUACCUUUUUCCAGGGAGGUGGGACAUAAUGCUGCAAGCCUUAGUGGUCCAGUGGUGGCAUGUUCACAUUAGCCUGCAGCUCCUCCGGUUGCAGGCUGACUUUCCUGAGAGCACAGCACUGUGUUCUCAUGGUAACUCGCAGCAACACUCUGACCAGCCUGCUUGCGAGAGGAACACAGAGCCUCAAAUAUCCUACCCUCCCUCUGCUGGAACGAAGUGCAAGCGGGCCGGUGAGGGGGCUCUUUGAUCUCAUCGCCAGCCCAAGAGGGCUUACAGCAAGGCUGGCUCUGCAUGGGCCAGCAGGCGAGAUGAAAGGAUCUCUCCUGUCGGCCUUGGUCCAUGGCCAUCAAGGCCCACUGGGCAUUUUCUGUAGAGCCCACUUGAAAUCCCAAAACGCCCACUAGUGGGUGGUAGAGACCAUGUUGACUACCCAUGAUCUACACCUGAAAAUAAAAUUGGGUUACUACCAUAAAAGUUACAUUUAAGAUUUUGCUUUGUGACCUUGUUGGAGAUGAGGUCCUGAGAUUUUAACAUUGAGAAGCAGUAGGUACAUACACCUACCUACAAAUAACAUGUGUGGUGUUUUUAAAUUUUUUAAAACUUUUUUUUUUUUUUUUUUCUAUUCCACUAUUCCAGUGCUCUUGCUGGGACCACUGCAGCCGGGGAUGAGGAGGGCCCAUCUAAGAAGAUCUCUGACCAGAUGGAAAACAUAGUGGACAUGAGAGAAUAUGAUGUUCCAUAUCACGUGCGACUCUCCAUUGACCUCAAAAUACAUGUAGUAAGUAAAUAAAUGGGAAACGUUAAUCUUUAAAAGGCUGCAGCAACUUUUACUAUGAAGGAAAUUGAAAGGAUGGCAUUAUCAUAUGUGUAACUAAGGAAAUGUGAAUGGUAUGGUGUGUGCAGUAUAUGGUUUAAUCAGGUAUAAAGAAAUACAUUGAAAUAAAAUAGACUCCCAAAAAAAGUGGUGAAGCAUAAAGGAAUACUCAAAACACCUAAAGCACUUUAGCUUGCUAAUGUGAUUUUAUUUUUUUAUUUUUUUUAUGACUAUAAAUUCCAACUUAUUUGAGAGGAGCAUUGUACAGAGUCAAAACCAAGACAUUUGACUUAUUGAAAAAUCAUUGUGUUAUGCUUCAGACUUAUAAUUUCUUGUGAAUGAACUAUUCCAUUUUCUCGGACUCUCUCCAUAGGCUCACUGGUAUAAUGUAAGAUAUCGUGGAAGUUCUUCCCCUCCAGAGAUCAUAAGAAGGGAUGAUCUAGUUGAAAGGCCAGUAAGUAUAUUUUUGUAUACAAACUGAUGGCAGGGUUUGUUCUAUUUGUUGUUUUCACAUCCACAUAUGAGUUUGUCUUUUGUUUUUGUUUUUUUAGGAUCCAGUGGUCUUGGCAUUUGACAUUGAAACCACAAAACUGCCCCUGAAAUUUCCAGAUGCUGAAAGUGACCAAAUUAUGAUGAUCUCCUAUAUGAUUGAUGGGCAGGUUAGUUUUAAAAGCUGUUACAUUGUUUAUCUUGGUGUGUGUGUGUUUGUUCUUUUUUUCUUUUGUUUGUUUUGGACAGUGACUUAAAUUAUGUAUGUGACAACAGCAUGACAACUAAUUUUACUCACUUUAUUAUAAUAAUCAUGAUUUUUGCUUGGUUACUCAAUUGUAAACUUGUAAUACUGCCAGGCAUUUCCACAAAAGUGAGAAUUACAAGUGAAUUUCAUAUUUGAGGUAAAAAGAUUUAACGGGCAAAGGUGUAAAAAGUGUCUAAGUUGGUUGUUUUCAUUUCAGCUCCUUAACCCCUUCCCGACGUUAGGGCGUGCUAUGCUGUCCUACAAAAGGAGUUUGACAUUGUUAAGGCAGUAUAGCUCGCCCCAACGAUCUGGUCCAAAUACUCGCCUUAUCCGCAGAUCACAGGACCUGCCUGACAACAGAAAUAACCCAACAGAAAAAUCAGAACUUAAUUUGCAAGCCCUAUAUUUGACCCUGUUACUUUCCAAAACUCCACGAAAUCUCUGCAAGGGGUUUACUGUUGACAAAACUGAAAAUAAAUGAGUUUCUUAGAGCAGUAAAACUCAUAAUGACCAUCAGUGAAAAUGCAGUUUUUGGGUGUGGGAACAAAAUGCAUAAAAGUAAUAUGAACACUAACUUUAGCCAGUCUUUUUUUUAAAUGCUAUUUAAAAAGAUUGGACAUACCCUAUUUUGAAUUCCUGCGUUGUCUACUUUUGCAUAUGAUAUGCCAUGAUGGAGGUAACUCUAAUUUCUGGGCUCCCAUAUGGUAUCAAAGGCAAUAUAGGCUCAGCAAACCAAACAAAACUGGCAAAUUUCAACGUCUAAAAUCUGGAACUUUCAAAAACACCAUGAAACAUAUGUUAGGCACAUCGUUGUAAUUGUAGAACAUCAGAGUAUACAAAUGUGUAUUUUAUUUUAGUCAAAACUAUGACAUUCACCGUUAAAAUAGGUCCGUGUCUCUCUCUCCCACCCUCCACCCCAAUUGUCUUUUAGGGUCUCCACCCGCCACUCAUGGGUGGGGGGACCCUAUAUACCUUAUUUAGUUGAGUAGCCCCCACUCGCGGGACACUGUCCCCCCUGCUAGUUAAUAGAUGCCCCACUCACUGUGUAGUAGACAUGCUGCGAGUAGGGGCAUUCAGAAGAUCUCAAUCCCCCUUAUGUUAAUAUGGGGGUUAGAGUGAAGAGGGGGGGGGCUUAGAAAGUGUCAGGGAGUCCCUGCCGCUUCUAUUUUUACAUAUUACAAGGAGGGAGCUGCGAGCUCCCUCCUUGUAAUAAACAAACGAACAUCGAUAUUCGGUGUUUGUUCGUCUGACAUUUCUAAUUAUGAAUAGACGAAAUUCCUGUCCAAAUUUCGGACAAUAGAGAAUGCCCAAGUGUUUAUAACUGGACAUGCUCGUUAAUUUCAUAGUACUAUCUAGUGUGGGCAGAUGACUUGUCCCACAGGAACUGCAUUUGCACACACGAAGAUGGUGACACCCUGGACCUUGGUCCAGGCAUAAAAUAAAGAUGAAAAAAUUGGUAAUAUGGGGGGAUUAGGGGCAUUUUUUUAUAAAUUAACCAUGCUGUUACUUCUGGGUUGUUUUCCUCAGUGGAGCUAAACUCGAGGCAGACAAUUGCUCAGCACACCUGCCUUGCAAAGACUUAUCAUUAAGCUCGUUUGGGAAGUCUGUAACUGGACAGCAACAAAACAUCUGAGCUGAGUUAGAAGGGGAGCUGCAAAGGCUUAAGACAUGAGAUGCAGCUUACAUGCUGGUUUUAGAGAUCCUCAAUGGAAAAAAAAAUCCUAAUUAAAUGCACACGUUUUAAUUGAUGGGUACAUCUACAAAACAGUGAUUUCUAUUGUAUUUAGGGUGUGGCGUAAAAGAUACAAUAUUUUUACAAAAUAUGUCAGUUUAUUUUUUUUGUAUUUGAUUAAACAUUUUUAACCUGCACUUUCACAGCUGUAUACAACCUACAAUAAGCCAUUUCAAUGUUUGUGGUUUGUUGUUUUGUAUCUCCUUCAUUGUUGUAGGGCUACCUGAUCACAAACCGGGAGAUUGUGUCAGAGGAUAUUGAAGAUUUUGAGUUCACACCAAAGCCAGAAUAUGAAGGGCCUUUCUGCAUAUUUAAUGAGCCAGAUGAGGUAAAAUGGCUAUUUUUGUGAUUGUUCGGCAUUUCAUUUUUUUGCUUCUUUGUUCUCGAGAGCAUUCUUAUUUUACAUUUAUUUAUUUGAUUUACAGGCUCAUAUGAUCCAGCGCUGGUUUGAACACAUCCAGGAGACAAAACCAAGCAUUAUUGUAACAUACAAUGGGGAUUUCUUUGACUGGUAAAUGUAUUCAGUGUGUCAAACCUGUCAAUGUAAAUGGCAAGUUUCCCCUUAUAAUGUGACUGAAUCUUGGUUUUUGUUUUAGGCCUUUUGUAGAAACUCGAGCUGCAGUGCAUGAGAUGAACAUGCUUCAAGAGAUUGGCUUCCAGAAGGAUAGCCAGGGGGAAUACAAGUCCCCUUCCUGUAUUCAUAUGGAUUGCCUCAGGUAUUGAGCACAGAGAUAUUAUCUCAAUGAUUCACAAUUUAAAGCAGUCUUAUAACUUUGCAGGUUUUGCUUUUGAAUGAAUCUUUUUUUAAUCCCUCUUUCUCCUUGGUAUUUAUCUGUUUAUUUAAAUUUGCCUUAGUUUUAAUCUUUACACAAUAAAAAGUAUGGACUACUUUUUUUCCACGGGUUGCAUGACCUUUGGCAAAUAUUAUGGAUGGGCUUUAAGGACAACUGCCACCUCAACACUAUUUAUUAUUUUAUUUUAACAUAAUGACAUUUUCUUCAGGUUAUGAAAGGAAAUGGAUUAUUUGUUAAAUUAUGUAUAUGUAAUAAAAAAAAAAAAAGAGAGAAACUCUAGAGUCGUGGACACUAAUCGGGCUAUUUGCUAAAUUCAUUUUCACAAAUUAAAUCUGAAUAGACAAAAAAAGGCAAAAAUAGUUGAUCUAGAAAUAUUCUCUAACUUUUUUUUUUUUUCAUUUUACAAUUUGGAUUUACUUAGCAAAAAUUCCAAGUUUAGUGAAUUACCCUGAGUGUAGUCUUUGUCACAGUGUGUGUGCCGGCUGCGUGUGUUGUGUGCUGCCUGUAUUAAUGCGUAUAUGUUUGCUGCCUGUGUGUGUAGAGGGAUGUAUUUUUAAAGUAAUGUGAUUUAGAUGUUUGUGCUCUACAAUUUGAGUGUAUUAUGCAAAUAUAAACAAUGCUUGUAAAAAAUGCACCUUGACUCCCACAAAUACUGACACAAUCACUGACCCACAUACUGCCAUUCUGGCACAAUCACUGACCCACAUACCGUCAUUCUGACACAAUCACUGACUCACAUAAUCACUGACCCUCAUGCUGUCAUUCUCACACAAUCACCAAUCCACACACUGCCAUUCUGACACAGUCACUGACUAAACCAUCACUGCCAUACUGACACAAUCACUGACUUUUUUUAAAUUUUUUUUAUUUGUUUUUCCAGUUGGAGAGAUCUCCGAUCUCUCCAGCUGGAGCACGGCUGUGCAGCCGGGCCCCUGGCUGUCUUGGGCCCUCGGUCCUCGAACGAUCUGCCCGAGUGGUCAGUCCGCCCCUUAUGCAGUGACACCAUCAGCUCAACUAGCUGUCAAAUACAAACACUGUCUGACUCAAGGUGUAUGUAUAUGGCUCAAGGAUCCGGUCAUAUAAUGGAAGGGAGGAGUUUUUUUUUUCUUAAUAUACUUCUUUUAACUAAGAAUCUAUUUCCUAUCAAAACUUUAUUAAAGGAUUAUUAUAUUACAAAAUAGUGUUGCGGUGACAUUUGUCCUUUUAAUCAAAGUUUCAUUUCAGUUGCUAAGUUAAUCCAGUAGUUAAAAAAAAAAAAAAAAAAAACUGCCAACUGCAGACUUCAAGGACAGAACAGAAUAAAAUGUUUGCAUCCAGGUAUUGAGGCUGGUGCAAAAAAAAAAAUUAAUGUAAAUAAAGCAAGUAGGGAAUAUAGAUAUAAGAAAAGGAAAACGGAAAUAAAAUAACACAAGCUAGUUAAUAUAAUACACCGAAUACUGCAAAAACAUAUUCAAAUGUCUUUCUUCUCAAACACCUACAAAAUAUAUUUUUGGAACACUAUAUUUCCCAAGACGUCCUGCCUUAGUUUUCCAAAUUCACCAUUAUUGUUUUGAAAAUGAAGUACAGAAGUUGUUUUUUUGUUGUUGUUUUCUUUGCAACUUGCUGCUCUGUAGUCUGUCAUAUUGGCCAAUCGUUUCUAUUUUUUGGGGAAUUUUUCUUUCUUGUAGUUCAUUUGACUAUUUCAUCUUCCCUGUAGGUGGGUGAAGAGAGACAGUUACCUCCCCGUUGGUAGUCACAACUUGAAAGCAGCUGCCAAGGCCAAGCUGGGCUAUGACCCAGUUGAGCUUGAUCCAGAGGAGAUGUGCCGCAUGGCUACUGAGGAGCCACAGGUAUAAAAUAGUUGGUUAAUGUAUUUGGUAGAAACACUGCAAAGCGUAAAAAAAAAAUUAAUAUUUCUGAUCUCAACUUUUGGAGUUGAGCGUUUUAUCUAAAGCAUUUUAAAACAGUGACUGAUUUUUAAACUGAAAUUUUUUUUUAUUUUUUUUUGAAUAUUUAAUCUUUAUUUUAAAUUUUUUUCUUUUAAAUCUCAUUAGAUACAUAUAUCAUACAAAUACAAAUAUCAUACAAAUAUACAUUUGUAAUACAAACAAACAACACAGCAGCAAAAUAGGGGAGGGAGAAGAAAAAUACAUCAGAAAGACUUCCAUAAUAGAGUGGUAAUAUCAUUUAGAUAAAUCUCAUAAUUAUUUACAAUGUUCAUGGAAUUGUUCUACUACUAAUUGAACGACACUAUUUUAUACAUCAAUCAUCUCAAUACACUUUAACCAAACAGAAAUCCUAUUGCUUAAUCUUUGUUUACUUAGCAUCAGCUCCAUUCUAAUCUGAAACUCGAGUUGAGUUUUAACUUUCUUCCAGGGGACUUCUGAAUCCCUUUUCCACCAUCUCGCAAUUACUAUUUUAGCCGCUAAAAACAGAUGUAUAAGAAUUGCUUUUAAUUCAUAUGUCAUAUGAGGCCAAUUUAGAUGAAGUAGAACUACCUCUGGAGAGAUAAUCAACUCGAGUUUUAAAUUGUUAGAUAUAAAAUGCUGCAUUUUCAACCAGAGAUUUUUUAAUUUAUAGCAAUCCCACCAAAUAUGUCUAAAAUUGCCUCUAAUACUAUUGCAUCUCCAACAGAUAGGAUUUACUAAAGGGUAAAUUUUAUUCAAUUUAGCUGGUACUAAGUACCACCUAUUUAAAACUUUAAAGUGCGUUUCUAAUAAAUUUAAUGAAUGUAUAUUCUUCUUAACAUCCAUCAUUGAAGAACCCCAUUGAUUCAGAUUUAUAUCGAUAUUCAAGUCUUGUUUCCAAGCCUGUAUGGCAGUAGGAUUUGUGUCUUUAGCUAUUGAUUUAAUUAGUAUUAGAGCUUUAGAAAGUGGUUUAUUAACUUUUUUUGAUGUAAAUAAUAAAUCUAUCGAAUUGCUUAAAUUAGAUUUUGGUAUUAUUAGAUGUGUAUUAAUAUAGCUUUUAAGUCUUAAAAAAUUAAACACCUCUCUAGGAGGGAGAUUGUGUAUCUCUGUUAUUUGAGCAAAGGUUUUAAUUGAUCCUUCUGUCAAUAAUUGGUCCAGAGUCGUUAUCCCUACUUUUUUCCAAUUAUUUAAGUUUAAGUCUUCCACUUGUUUUUCUACAAUAUCUAACUCUAAAUAACUUGGAACUUUUUUUUUCUAUAUUCAUUACUUUUUUAAUUUUUAACCAAUUUUCCAAUAAUUGAGUUAGAAUAAUACUGGCAUAUUCUUUUUUUCUUUGGCAUUUUAUUUAUAUUCCAGAUUAAACAAUCUAAGCUAGAAACUUCUCCUGCCUUCAAUUCCAUUUUAUACCAUCCCUCAUCUUUAUUUUCUUUCAUUUGCAUUCUAUAGACAUGUAGGGUAAUAGCUGCUUUAAAGUUAUUCAUUAUGAGUGGAUAAUCAAGUCCACCUUUAUAUAUUUUCUGCGCUAAUAUUGACUGUUUCAAUCUCGGCUUCUUGCCUUUCCAGAUGUAUUGAGUAAAACUUCUUUGUAUUAAUGGAUUGGGAUAUGGAGAGGUAACAUUUGAAACAUAUAAUUCCACUUUGGUAUAACAUAUGAAUUGAUAACGUUUAUUCGCCCCAAAAAAGUAAUCUCUAGGUUUCUGCGAUCUUUUAACCAUUUAUUGAGAUCUAAUAAUAAUGUUAGGAAAUUUACUUCCAUAAUCUUAUUUGUCUCUCUGGUUAUUUUAAUUCCUAAGUAAUCCAUACUUUCUUUAACCCAAAUAAAAUCAUAUUUGUUUUUAAUCUCUCGUUGUAUCCUUUUAUUUAGGUUAACAUCUAAUAUCAAGGAUUUAUUUAUAUUUAACUUAUAAUUUGAUAUGAAGCUAUAUCGCUCUAUUUCUUGCAUUAUGCGUUCCAAAGAAUUUUUAGGGUUUGUAAGAGUAAUUAAAAUGUCAUCAGCAUAUAAGCUAAUUUUUUGAUCCUCAUCCAUUAUUUUAUAACCAUGGAUCUCUUUAUUAUUCCUAAUAUUCUCAGCCAAUGGCUCGAUAGUCAGCAAGUAGAGCAAUGGUGAGAGGGGACAACCCUGUCGGGUACCAUUUCUAAGUUGGAACCAUGGGGCGACUAUAUUAGGUCCAAUAGUUCGUGCAACAGGAUUUACAUAUAGUGCCAUUAUAGCUUUCUUAAUCCAACCUUCCAAUCCAUAAUGUUGUAAAACGGCUUCUAAAUAUUUCCAGCUGACUCUGUCGAAUGCUUUUUCAGCAUCAAUCGACAGUCAGAACUGGAACAUCAUAUCUAUUUGCGUCAUCCAAGAUAUUAAUAAUUUUCCUUAUACUUGUAUAGGAAUUUCUACCUGGAACAUAUCCUAUUUGAUCUUUAUGGAUGAUUAGUGGAAGAAGUUUUUUUAUUCUAGCAGCCAAAACCGAAGCGUAUAACUUAGUGUCAACAUCUAUUAAAGAUAUCGGACGGUAGUUUUUGAUAUCAGUGGGGUUUUUAUCAUUUUUUAGAAUAGGCAAGAUAUUAGCUUUUAGCAUCUCUGCUGGUAAAAAUCCUCUGUUUGCCGCUAUGUUGAAAGCAGAGGUCAAAUGUGGACAUAUUAAAUCUUUAAAUGUUUUAUAAAAUAGGUUGCUAAACCCAUCCGGGCCUGGUGUUUUAGAUCUUUCUAAAUCAUUUAUUGCUUUCAUAGUCUCCUCCAUAGUUAUAGGUUUAUUUAAGAAAUCAUUUUCAAUAGAAGUUAAUUGAGGCUUCUUUAUAUUAUUUAAAUAGUUUUUAAUAUCCUCAUCUGUAUUAAUCUGAGGAAUAUUGUAUAGAUUGGAAUAAUAUUCAUUAAAACACUUUCCAAUCUCUCUGGGGGUUAGUGCUAUUUUUCCAUUCUGUAUUAUUUUGUCUACCUUAUUUUGUACUUUUUGUUUUCUAAGUUUUUGGGAUAGCAUCUUUUCAGCUCGAUUGCCUUUGGAAUAAUAUUUAAAUUUUAGUCUAACCAUAUUUUUAGCUAUCGUAUCCAUUAAUUUUUGCUUUAUUUUUUCUUUAAGUUCUAAUAUUUUUUCAUAAAUUUCAGAAGAUGGAGAUUGUUUAUUGAUAUGAGUCAAAUCUCUUAAUUCUGUAUGUAAAAAUGCCAAAGUAUUAUUUUUAUCAAGUUGGCUUUGUAACUUGAUAAUAUGACCUCUUAUAACGGCCUUAAAGGCACACCACAAAAUAGAUGAAUCAAUAUUUUCUGAGAUAUUUUCUUUAAAAUAAUUUUUUAUAUUAUCUCUUAUAUGAGUUUUUUUUAAUUCACAACAAAGCAAAUUAUCUCUUAACCGCCAAGUAUAAGCUUCUCUUUUAAAUGUACUAAAAAUCAUUUCACAAAAAACUCCAUCGUGAUCUGUCCAUACUAUCUCGUCAAUCUUUGUUUUUUUGGUCAUAUCAAUAAUACUUGGGUCUACCCAAAUCAUGUCUAAUCUUGAAUAGGAAAAAUGCACUUUAGAAAAAUGCGUAUAGUCUCUCUCAUUAGGAUUAAAAAUUCUCCAAAUAUCGAAUAGAUUAUAUUCAUCUUUAAUUUUUUUUAAGGCUUUUGCUUGUUUUAUAACCAUCUGAUUUAAAGUAUUUCCUUUCAUUAAUUUUUUGUCUAUCUGAGGGUCUAGUACAGCAUUGAAAUCCCCCGCCACUAUUAACUUUCCCACUUUAACUUCAUCUACUUUUUCCAGAAUUGUUUUUAAAUAAGCAACUGGUAAAUGAUUAGGAAGAUAUAUAUUACAUAAUGUAAAAAGUACAGAGUCAAUUUUACAUAUUAUUAUUAAAUACCUGCCUUUAGUGUCUUGUAUUUGAUGAAUUACUUCAACUUUAAUCUUUUCUCCAAAUACCACAGCUACUCCACAUUUUUUUUUUUUCCUUAUUGGAAGCUUGAAUUAUAAGUGGAAAUCUUUUACCCCCCCAAUUUUGUUUAUCCACUUGUCUCCAGUGAGUUUCUUGUAAGAAUAUUAAAUUCAAUUGUUUUUCACUGAGGUAUUUGUACAAUAGAUUUCUUUUCGCUAUAGUAUUCAAUCCCUGAACAUUAAGUGUAAGCAUUUUUAUCAUAUUAUUUUCAAAAACCUCCCUGCAUCCCUUUCCACUCGAUAACCAUUACCCUUCCCUAUUGCUGCAUAAACAUAUCUACACAAACACAUAAAACAAAAUAUUAAAAUCAUAGGAGGAAAUCCUCCUUUUUUAUCACAAAGACUGUAAAUUUUCAUAUAGAAAUUCAGUCUUUACUGUGUCUUUAAAUUAGACACUAAGUGGGCGUAUCCAGAAAGAGGUAGUAAUAUUUACAAGUUUGCAAUCUCUCUCCAAGAGGGAGAGAGAGAGAAGAAAAAAAAACAAAAAACAUUUCUUUGCUUAUUUUAUACUUAACUUCAUUGCUCUAUGAAUAAUUUUCUUUUAACCACCUCUUUAAGUACAAAUCUGAUUAAUGUUAAUACUUAGACAUAUUUACUUUUAAAUCCUUAUGUUCCACAUGGUUACAUGCAUAUACCCAAUUAAAUAAUUCUACAUGAGUGAGGACAACAAAAAAAAAAAAAUUUCUUCCAUUAUUUUAUACUUAAAUCAGUUACUCUGUGAUUCUUUACUUUAAAUAAAUCUGUUUCUACUUAACUUACUAAUACAUGUGAAUAAUUUUCUUUUAGCCACCUCAUUAAGUUCAAAUCUAAUUAAUAUCAAUACUUAGACAUAUUUGCUUUUAAAUCCUUAUGUUCCAAAUGCUUGUGUGCAUAUACUUAAUUCUCAAUUGACUAGUAGCUUUAAAGUGAAAACAAGCCCCAAUAACAUCAACAAAUUAACAAAUUGUGCAAAGCACAAUUAAGUGAUUCUAUAUGAGUGAAAAAAAAAAGAAAAAGUUAAUUUUCUUCCUCUUUCAUUCCUUCCUCUCUCCCUCCUCUCUCUUCUCCUCUCUUCUCUCUUCCUUCCAUCUUCCUCUCCGCCGCAACAGACCCUUCAAGCUUUUUUAUUGAUACCUGAUAACCAACUAUUUGCUUCAUUUGCAUCCAAAAAAAUUUUUCUUUCUUGUUUCCAAGUAAAUCUUAAAGAUGUUGGAUAGGCCCAUUGAAACCUGAUCUCUGCUUUUCUUAAAAAAUCCGUCACGAUAGAGAAAGAUUUCCUCCAAGUCCUGGUGUGGUAAGAUAAGUCUUGCAAAAAAAUUAUGUCUUUGUAAAUAAAAUUUGUUCGGGGUUUGGUACGGCAGGCUUUCAUUAAAUUAUUUCUCAAUGAUAAUGAGGAAAAACUCACUAUUACAUCUCUUGGGAGAUGUGAAGCCGUUGUAUCUGGUUUAUGUAUCCGGUGAAAAUUUUCUAUUUUAUAUUCAUCUGUAGGUAUUUCUGGUAAAACUUCUUCAAAUAAAUUGUUUAAAUAUUCUCUCAAUUUUUCAUUGGAGAUUUCUUCAGAAACACCUCUUACUCUGAUGUUUCUUUUUCUUGACCUAUCUUCCAAAGCUGCUAUUUUAUUUUCAAGAUUAUCAACUUUAUUUACUAGAAACUGCACCUCCGUAUUAAUUGCUUUAAUUUGCGUUCCAAACACUUCACAUUUUUUUUCCACUUCCACCACUGAUACUGCAACAUUUUUAAUUUCUUGUUUUAUCUCAUUGAAACUUACAAGCAUUUCUUGUUUCAAUAAAUUUAAUUGUAGUUCCAGCGUUUGCUUAAAUUGAUCUUGGAUACUAAUUGAAGCAAUUGCUUGAGCUUCUGAUGGAAAUUGAUUAAGUGCAACUUCUUGGAUAAUAUUGGAAGUAUUACUUGGGUGUGUCUUACUAUCAAUUAUCUGUUCCUGCGGAUCUUUAAUAGGAUCUUUAAUAGGAGUUGCAAAAAAACCUGACAACCUCUUUUCUGUUUGUUGAACUGACUUAAUUUCUUUUUUUUUUUUUCCGUUGUUUUCCUGGUUGACAUUUUGUUUUAUUUCUUAAAUGCUUCUCAGUGACAAAUUAUAACUAGAUGUCACAUAUAAAAUUUCAACUCCAAACUCAAAGAACUAGAUUAAAUCAAUUGGUCAAAUAAUUGAUUCUUGAUGUCAAUCUCCUCCAACGAGGAAAAAAAAAGAUUUCCUUCCACUUUUCUUUUUUCCAGGCCAGUAAUUAUAUACAGGUAUGAUGCCUUACAGUCAUAUUUUUUAGUAAAUACAGAAGUACUCACAGUUUUUUAUAUAUGGCUGUUUAGGAGAUCACUGAGGGAUGUAUUUCCUCUUUUUCCCUUUAUUUCUCUCUUAUUCUUUCCUUCUUUGUAUCCCUUUUUUCUUCUUCUUUUUUUUUUCGUUUUUUGUUUGAUAAUUUAUACAGGAACUGUUUUUAUUUCUUCCUUGACCUUUUUAACGGUCUAUAAGGGAAUCGCCACUAUUUGCCCAAAAACGGAGGCAAAAACGGAGGCAACAAACCCCCAGCAAAAACCGGCAUACACCACCACGUCAGACCAGGUCCACCGACCCACCAAAUCUUCACCGGACCGAGCCCUCCCUCCACUUCGUCUAAGCCGGACCACACUCACAAAUCGGCACGGAGCGGCAUUGCUUAUUCUCGACUCGGCGUCCUCUCUCCUCAACCUCCCUCCGGACACGCCCACCUAAAGCUCCUAUCUCAUGUUUAAUAAAGUUUUGUCAAGGUUACAUAUAACAUUGUAGUGAGGAAAUAAAAUGGUAAAAUGUGUAUGCAGAAACUGAUUACUAGUUUUGUCUUAAAUGAAUGAUUUACACAAUUUUUUUUUUUUUUUCUUCACUGAAAAUCAACAUAAACCCAUUAGAAUUUCCUUUUGCGGUCCUGUAAGUUUUGUAUCUAUUUAUCAGUCAGCUGGUGCAAGUUAACAGCACUGAUUCCAGUUGUAUUCUCUAACUUUGUCUUCAUUUUCUCACAUUCUUAUCCAGGUCCUUGCAACAUACUCUGUUUCUGAUGCAGUUGCCACAUAUUACAUGUACAUGAAGUAUGUCCAUCCCUUCAUAUUUGCUCUAUGCACCAUUAUUCCUAUGGAGCCAGAUGAGGUGAGAUCUAUUACAGUUACAAACUGUGACUAGAGCAUUAUUUCUCUACCCAGAUCUUUGAAUAACUCUAAGCAAAACAAUGUUUUAAGAAGACCAAGCUCUCAUUGGCUUGGUCAUCCCCACUCAAGUUGGGAUUAACUUACCUCUAAAAUGUUUUGCGGAUUUCAGCAGUGUAUCCCAGCUGUCUUAGCCCUCUCAAACUUCAACAUAUUCCAAAUUCCCAGUCUGAAAGAAACAUACCUUUCCAGCUAAUGAAAAUAUGUAGUGUAAGGAAUGCUCAUAGCACAGACUGCACUGCAGAGACAAGACUAGAACCCACAUGUGUUCCUAUCCCUCCCUGUAACGCAAGUAAUUUCCCUUCCAGUCCCCUGUCAGCCAAUCUCCCUACCAUCUGGUAAUCCCUUCCUUACCUGUCCAUGUCAGCCCACCUCACCACCCACUAUUAACCCCUUCACCUUCAGCCCCUGUUAAUCAGCAUCCAUAUAUAGAUAGAUGGAGAUAACACAAAGCUCUGUAGGUAUGAGUGUCUCUUCAUAUUUAUUUAUAAUAAUCAUAUAUAACACUAUGUGAUAACUAAUGUAGUAAGGCAGUGUGUGUGUGUGAGAUGUGGUAUGUAAGUUCUAGUGUCUGAAUGCUGGAUUUGCUGAGGCUUGUUUAUAAAACAUGCAUUAGAAGGCCAGUUUAUUUGUUUUUUGGUGAUAACACUUGUUUCUUUGGAUCACCAUACAGGUCCUAAGGAAGGGAUCCGGGACACUUUGUGAGGCUCUGUUGAUGGUCCAGGCUUACCAUGCAAAUAUUGUUUUCCCCAAUAAACAAGAGACUGUCUUCAACAAGUUAACAGGAGAUGGUCAUGUAUUGGACUCAGAGACUUAUGUGGGAGGCCAUGUGGAGGCUUUGGAGUCUGGUGUUUUUCGUAGUGAUAUUCCUUGCCGUUUCAAAAUGGUUUGUUUGGCAUUUUCCAUAUAGGAAAACAUUAUUUUUAGAAGUUUUACUUUAAAUGUAAUUUUCCCAAUCUAAGCUUUAGUAUUGAUGUUGAUCUUCAACAGAUUUUGAAGCAUUUUAACUUAACUGGGUAAUCAUCAUGGGUAAUUUCGCAAAAAACUAUGAAUUUAUUAAUUAACUCAUGUCUGUGGAGCUCAUUUUCAUUUAAAUGACUUUGUCAACAAGCAAAACUUUCAUUUCUGGCAUACGGAAUUACUUCAUCCGCGCCAAUUACACCAUACCAAGUGUACCUUCUAGUGCGGUGUGAACUCGCAGGAAGUUAUCGGGCAGAAAUACGAGUGCUAGAGCCUCAAACAUUAAUGUUAGGAACAGUGCAAUUGAAAAAAGCACGAUUUUGCAAGGCGGCAAAUGGAGUUCAUUUAAAAGAUGUUAUCUUCUGUGCCUAGUCAAACAAAUCUCCAUACGUUAAGCAUUCAUUGUUUGUAAUAUCAUUGAAAUUGGUUCAAUAAUAAAAAAUAAAAAGUUAUUGACUCAUCUAUAUACAGGAUAAGCCAAAAUUCACUGUAAUAUUUGCACAAAGUACAGGUAAAUUAAGUAUUUUUCCUCUUAGAACCCAGCAGCAUUUGAUUUUCUGCUCCAGCGUGUUGAGCUAACACUGCGACAUGCCAUAGAGGAGGAGGAGAAAGUUCCACUUGAACAAGUCACCAACUUCCAAGAGGUAAACUGAUAUUGCCCUACAGACACUGGCCCCUCAUCUUAUUUUUCGCUCUUCCUCCUAGUAACCCCGUUGUUCUUCUCACCCUAGGUCUGCGAUGAGAUAAAAAAGAAGUUGAACUCCUUGAAAGAGGUUCCAAACAGAAUAGAGUGCCCUCUUAUUUACCAUCUGGAUGUUGGGGCAAUGUAUCCCAAUAUUAUCCUAACAAACCGUCUGCAGGUUAGUAACAAUUCUUAAGUUCUUAACCCACUUUAGAUCUUCUCUUUUGGUUUUUUUUUUUUUGGUUUUUUUCCUCAUUCUUGGACUGUCAUAUAGGAUUUGCCUAACCACUUUUCUUGACUGGGUUAAAGUUUAGUCAAACUCUGUUUGCUGAAAUUAAGUAUUUUCUUUUCUUCUUUUUUUUGUUUUGUUAUUUUUUUGUUUUUUUUUUUUAAACAUGAUAUAUGAAUUUUUUUUUAAUUUUAUUCCUUAUUUUUGGGUUUUGGGUGCACAGAUAGAACGACGAGCAUUUAUGCACGCAUGAGUUAACCACUAGUCAUCAUAACACGUACAAUGUGCAUUCUAUAGCACCUUUUAUAUAUGCGUGUACAUAAGGCAAAUUCUAUUCGCAAAGUGUUUGUGUACUGGAGUUAACUUAACAUUUACAGUGGGGUAGUCUGGUAAAUUGUAGUGACUUGCGGUAGCCCACUGAGUAUGGUGCCUCUAUUCCUCUUUAGGUUGUAGUGGUGGGGUGAUUACCCUCGGUCUCGAGGUGGUGGGUGUCGUUUGCGGACCCCAGGUCUUGGGUCUGUAGGGGUGCUACGGUUCGCUCCUAGUGGGGGAAUUAGUCUGGGUAUUGGGAUAGCAAUGUACCCUGACUGGGUACGGAGUUUGAGCGGACUACGUGCCCUCCGUGAUCUGACUGCUUCGUGGGUGACUAACGUCGGGCGGCUCGCUGGUGUGGGGCAGUGCGGCCAAGGUUGCUGCAGGGGGAGGGAAAGAUAGUUGGCUCUGCUCCACUAUGCCUGUUGUCACUGACCCGUAGGUGACCAUCUGCGGGGACCCAUGUAUGGGGUUCGCCUAUGUUUUGUUUUGUGAUAGUGCACAGCGACAGUACGGGCUUUGGUGAGUUAAACAUAAACGAAAAUAGACAAUUUAACAGUUAACUAAAUCAGCACCGUAUCUAGCCUCAUACCAGAUAUGGCAUGCAGUUUGCCAUAUCUGGUAGAGGUCUAGUCUAGAAGACCCACAGUGGGAGUUCAGGUGGUGACCUCCGCAUAGGCGUCUGCAGAAGGCCUCCAGGGCACAAAUGGGGGCUGUAUUUGUGCCCCAGAAUGCGUUUUAGCCAUUUUUGUUGUUCCCCUGAUAGUGAGUGUCUUAUUGGAGACCCACAGUUUCCAAAAUAGCCUCUGAUCCUGCAAGGUCUUGGACUGGGUAGUUGGUGUUGCCCUGCAGCACGUGAGAUUUCUUCCAUCUGUAGGAGACGUCACACGCUAGUAAUAGCGCAGUGAAGGGCUGCAGCGUUUUUCUCUGUGCGAGGGUGCUCCCUGAUAAAUCUGCAUAAAAUGUAUGUGAUGAGUCUUCAAAGCUGUAGGGAAACUUUCCCCUGAGAGCAACCAUUACCGCUGUCUUGUCUUGCCCAUUUUUGAAACGCACAAUCAUGUCCUUUGGUGCUGUGGCAGGUGCUUUGAUCGGUCUUGGUAUCCUAAACAUUUCCUUGGUCAGUAUCGAUUUUGCCUGCUUGGGGGAGAGUAUCGCACUGAGUAGUCGUCUCAAAGUGCGGCAGCUCCUCUUCAGGGACUGCCUCUGCCACCCCUCUGAUUUUACAGUUCUUGCUGUGCCUGCAGUCUUCGAUCAUUGCAAACUGCUUCUCCCUGGUGACUUGUUGCCGUUGGAGCGCAUGUAUCUCCUGUUGCAGGUGGGUUAGUUGUGCCUUGGCAUUUUGGGAGUCAUCUUCCAGAGUGCCCGUGUGGACUAUCGGGCCUUGAAGGUCUUUGCGGAACGUGGCCAUAUCUGCGUGGAUGUCUCUCCUGAGGCCCGCCUGCAUAUCAGCAUUUGUUACAGGCGCUGAAUCUGGUUUGGAGGUUGCGGGUGCCUGAAUCAGAGGUGGCUCCUGCGGGGCAGGCAAGUGGAGGUUAUCUGUCUCCAGGGCUUGGUCAUCCGAGAAGUCGGAGCUCUCUCCCAUGUAGGGGGCCAUCUUGAGCAGUGAGGCGCCAUAUGCAUACCGCCUCAUAACGCCGAUGCUCAUGCCCCUUCUCUGCUUAUCCGCCUUCUGAUUUUUUUAUUUAUUUUAUUUUUUUCUGACCCAUGGCAUUGGGGGUCCAGUUGGGGGUCGCUUAAUUUGGGGUAGAGGUUAUAAAUAGCGAUAGUAAUUGCCUUUGGUACCCAGAACACUGCAGAAAUGCGACCGCUCAGUUCAGUAGCUUGGCCCGCCUCGAACUUUGUUUUUUUGUUUUUUAACAUUGAAGUACAUAGAAUAAAAUUAAAAAAAAUUUUGUUUCUCAUUACCUUUUUUCCUUUCUCUAAAAACCUGUACUAGACAGAUUUCCAACUAAAACUUCAACAAACUUCUGUUGUAGGAAGUUUAUGAUGAGUCCGCAUUGAGUACAAAUUUUCAUAGAAAAUUGUACAUUUCAACUCAUCUAAAUGAUGACAUUUAAAGGGACACUAUAGUCACCUGAACAAUUUUAGCUUAAUGAAGCAGUUUUGGUGUAUAGAACAUGCCUCUGCAGCCUCACUGCUCAAUCCUCUGCCAUUUAGGAGUUAAAUCCCUUUGUUUAUGAACCCUAGUCACACCUCCCUGCAUGUGACUUGCACAGACUUCCUAUAAAGAAAGCCCUAUUUAGGGUUUAAUUCAGAUUUUCUUAUCCCCUGCUAUGUUAAUAGCUUGCUAGACCCUGCAAGAGCCUCCUGUAUGUGAUUAAAGUUCAAUUUAGAGAUAGAGAUACAAUUAUUUAAGGUAAAUUACAUCUGUUUGAAAGUGAAAGUUUAUUUAUUUAUUUUUUUAAUGCAUGCUCUGUCAGUCAUAGCCAGGGGAGGUGUGGCUAGGGCCGCAUAAACAGAAACAAAGUGACUUAACUCCUAAAUGACAGUGAAUUGAGCAGUGAAAUUGCAGGGGAAUGAUCUAUAUACUAAAACUGCUUUAUUUAGCUAAAGUAAUUUAGGUGACUAUAGUGUUCCUUUAAGUUUUCGAUCUGUACCAAUAGCGAACUGAUUUGCCAGUUAGUAUUAUAAGUUAUUUUUAUCUGUGAUGGGGUACCUCUACUAAGUCGCAUUUUCAUAGCACGCACAACACUGGGCUAUGAAAGUGCUGUUUAGUAGAGGUACCUACUAUUGUAACUGAUUAAGAAUAAUGGAGACUACCCAUGAGUCUUAUGAAUCCCAACUAGCAGUACAACACCAAUACUGUCAGGGCUUUACUAUCGUGUUAUUAAUAAGCACAAACAACAAAAGAGAGAGAUCUCAUUCAUAAACAGGGAUAUCCUGCCUUGUAAAUGUAAUAUUUUAUUUCAGUACUGGGUGUUUUUGUGCACUGCAUAUAUUUUCUUUCAGGUUUAGCUUCUUUUAUUACAUUGUUUUAAACUUUAUUCAAUACACCAAACAGAAUAUCCCUGCACACACAGGGAGCCACUGAUCCCCCACCACCACAGACCGAGAUCACAUCCUCUACCACCUCUCCCCUUAGUGCUAGGAGUUCACCAGGCUGUGCAACUCUCUGCAUGUGUGAGCAGCAUCACUGAAGCUUAUAUGGAAAGUGAACUUUGUUUUUAUUGAGAAGAAAAAAUAAUUACUUUUUUUCACUUAGAAGCCAUCUGCUAACUGGUCUGCAUCUGACCUUAAUUUUAGAAACUUAACCCCUUAAGGACACAUGGCAUGUGUGACAUGUCAUGAUUCCCUUUUAUUCCAGAAGUUUGGUCCUUAAGGGGUUAAAAUUAGGAUAAUGAAGAAAAAAUUUAUUUAUUUUUUGCUUGUUUAUGAAUUUUAAAUAUAUUUUUCGGUAUGACUUUAAUAGACCACUUUCUGAUUUCUUGCAUAGCCAUCUGCCAUGGUUGAUGAAGCAACUUGUGCUGCUUGUGAUUUUAACAAGCCUGGAGCAACGUGUCAGCGCAAGAUGACGUGGCAGUGGAGGGGGGAAUUAAGUAAGUGCUGUCAAUCAGUAGGAUAAUUAAGCAGCUUUGGCACUUUUAAGUUCUCUAAAAAUAUGUUCAGAGUAGUAUUUUCUGUUUAAAAAAAAAAAAAAAACGUGCUGCAAUCAAUUAUGCAAGUAGUUGCCCUGGCUUUGUGACUUUGUAAUGUUCACAGCAGCUGUGGUCCUUUCAGGAAGACUGAGGAAGUAUGUUUCCUAGGAUCUACUGUCUAAUUUUAUUACAUCUUCUUUUGACCCUUUUUUGUGGGGUUGAGGAGAUCUUCUAACCUGGCUACUGCCUUCAUGUUUUAGCAUUACUUCUCUUAGCAAAUCAUGUACCACUGUCCCCUUACCAUGUGUCCAUCUCUCUGCUUAAACAUGGAAAGCAUGACUAUUCUGCUACUGGGAAUAAAUGAUUAUGCUUUAUUAGAAUACCUAGCAGCACUCUAAUUUUGUUCCACUACUCAUAAGUGAUUUCUAAUUUCAUAUACUGCAUAUUAUCUGUAAGUGAUAGUCCCAAAUGUUAAAAUUUAAUUUGUAAUUUUAUUCAGUCCUAAUUACUCCAUGCAUAGCUGCCAACAGCAAUAUCUCCAGUAAAGGAUGAGUUUUGGCUUUACUUUUUAUUGUAUCAGUUAACCGAAGCAAUUAUUCUGUGUCUGGGGACUUCAAGCUCAUGCAGCUUUCUAUAGGAUCAUUCGAGAACAAAGCUUGCCAUAAUCAGUGCAGAAUUAGUAAAUAUUGAGUGGAUAUUUUGUGUGUGCCAGUGACCCUGGUCUUAUCUUGAGCCAUCUUGUCUCCAGUGCCAGCUAGUCGCAGUGAAUAUCAUCGCAUCCAGCAACAGUUGGAAUCAGAGAAGUUUCCUCCUCUCUUUCCCGGGAAGCCACCACGUGCAUUUCAUGAACUCAACCGGGAGGAGCAGGCCAAAUAUGAGAAGAAACGUCUUGCAGGUUUGCUGAAAUUUACGCACUCCACUCCUGAGCUGACAGAGCACCAGCCUCAAAAAUAAUAGCAUGUGGAACCGUUGUACAUUAACAUUGAAAGGGUUUUGCGUUUCAGCACAUUUGUCAUCCCCCUUAAUACCAGUUGUUACAUUUGACAGGCAUUGCAAUUUGGUCACUAAAGAACUUAUGACUGCGUGGAAAAACCUGGUCAUUUAAUGUUGGCAGAUCAAUGCAGCCCUUAUUUUUAAAUAGUUAAUUUCAUUUUGGAUCCAAAUGGAUCCAAAAAAGUCACUUCAAUAUAAAAGACUAAUUGCGCUGUGCCAUGUCUGUUGCUAAGCACAAGAAUAAUUUUGCUAGUGAAUAUACAAAUCUUAAUGCCCUCUCCAUAUAAUUUUUUUGCUAGUGAAUAUGUAUAGAUCAAUAUAUUUGUUGUGUUAAAACAUGUGCUCACAAGAUGGAUAUUUGGUGAUAUUAACAUCUUUAUGACAACAGCAUAGUAACUUUGAAUUGAAAAUUCUUUAAAAUCUUUAUAUUUGGUAGCAAUUUUCAUAACCAAUACAUUGUUAAUGUCUGACAGUCGUGAGGCUGCCAGUAAAUGUAUAAAUCUAGGUUGCCAGUGCUGUUGCCACUGACUAACGCACACAGAUUCUUACAAAGCUGCCUACUACAUAUUGUGCUAUACAUGCAUGUCAUUUGGAUGCAGAUCUGUGUUUGUAUUAUUUUAUCUCCACGGCAGUGGCAAAGCUGAAUAAGUGAGAAUCGUUCAGCAAUAGUGUUUAAUCUGUGAGUUGUCAUGCAAAUUUUUUUUAUUUUUUAAUUUGCAAUGCUACUAAAAACAUCCAUCUCUUUCAAGUAUUUUUUUAUUGAGCUUUUCAGAUAUACAUAUAACAAACAUAUCGGCAAUACUCAUUAAUAAUACAAAAGUUUUUAACGAGUCUACAAAGUUACCAACAAUAUUAAAUAAAUAUUUUAUAAAUAAACAAACAAUAGGGGAAAAAAAGAGAAAUUAAAAAAUAAAAUCAAAAAUUGGGGGUAACAUAAGAAAAAGAAAUUAAACCGUAAAAUGUAAAAUCAUCCUUAAAAAUAAAUAUAAAUUUUUAGCUAUUUAACAUAUUCUUAUUUACAAAAUGACAGUUGUUGCAAUAUUAACAGUAUGUAUUACAUAUUUUGCUCAAAUGGGUCUCACACUGCUAAAUUGUAUUUGCUUCGGACAUAUUUUUUUUUCAGAUUAUGGGUGGUAGAUUAAUUUGUGAUGUUUAUUAUAUAAAAUGGAGUAUAAAAUCUCUUUAACAUCUGGCAAGUCACUUGUUUUCCAAUAUCUGGCUAUGGUUGUAGUUGCUGCAAUUAAAAUAUGACCUACCAUUAGUCUAUUUAAAAGAAUUCCAAAACACCCAUCUCAAGUUAAAAAAUAAAGUAAAUGUGAGAUAUUUACCUCACCACGUGACCAUAUUAUUAACUUCUAUGUCACUGUAUCCCUAAAUCAGUGGGUGCUAACAUACAUUUAACAUGGGGAGAACUUGUUAUCUGUAUUGCCUGCUUUUUAUUGCUUAAACAGCUGCAACUUAAAGUUUACUGUAUUACUUGCAAGUUUGCAAUCUGUGAUACAUCUUUAUAACUAUUUAAGAAUGGGCAGUUUAUUGCUUGUAUUGUUCAAGUAACCAAUAGAGGACGCUAGGCAAAAAUCUUAAUGUUCUCUCUAUAUUGUUCUCCUAUCAGAUUACUGUCGAAAAGCCUAUAAAAAAAUUCAUGUGACCAGGCUGGAGGAACGAGUCACCACCAUUUGCCAGCGGGAGAAUUCCUUCUAUGUGGACACUGUUCGAGCUUUCAGAGAUCGAAGAUAUGAGUUCAAAGGUCUGCACAAGGUGAGUGUUUCUAGAUAACUGCUAAAGUACAACCCAUGCUCCUACGACCUCAAUCUGAAGGGCAUUUCGUGUGUCCCUUUUUGCAAAUAGGAUAUUCUUACUUUUCCAGAGCCCAUUACUAAAUUACAUUCCAAAGGUUUGAAGGGAACCUGUAGCCCUAAAAAUAACAAUCGUUCUUUUAAGAGUCCACCCCGUUGCUCUGUAACAAUUAAAGUAAACAUUACUCAACUCAAUUGACUCCUAUAUUGCAGCCCUAAGCUCUGCGUCUGGUAUUGUCACAAUGCAUGCUGACGUCCCCCGAAAUCUUGUCUAAUCCAAUGUAUCUCAUAGAGAAGUAUUUCGUUAGAGAGCACAUGUAUGGCAAAAUGCCCUGUUCUUUCAAUCAAAUCUUGCUAUGAGCAUCAUUUGAUUCCCAGAUAGUUUUACUUGGCCUGGAGGAGGAAACGUCUCUAAUGACUGUUUUCCUGGUGUAUUUAGUCCUGCAAUGUAAACAUUGCAGUUUCAAAAAUAAAUAAAUAAUAUAUAUAUAUAAAUAAAUAUAUAUGUGUAUAUAUAUUUUAUUUAAAUGUUUUGCACUGUAGGGUUCAAACUUAAAGACCAUUGCAUCCAACCACUUCACUGAGAUAAAGUGGUAUGGGUGACUAUAGUGUUCCUUUUGUUAUCUUACCUUAUCUGAUCUCAACUCCACCUUCCUUAUGUUUUUUAUGGUGCCUUACUUUUUAUGUAACACUCUUUGCAUAUUAUUUGAAAUACAAGGCAUAUAUAUGGAGGCUCUGCAGUUAUCUCUGCAAUAGUUAAUUUGGAACAUAGUUUAUGGAAAUGUAUCAUUUUAGAUGUUCCUUUUCAAAGCAGCAUAAGUGUUUUGUUUUAGAAUAGUUCUUCCUUAUGUUAACAUGUUUUGCUCACGGAUUCAAAAGGUUUGGAAGAAGAAACUAUCUUCUGCGAUCGAAAGUGGAGAUGCUGCGGAGGUGAAGCGAUGCAAGAACAUGGAGAUCUUAUACGAGUCUCUGCAGCUAGCUCACAAGUGCAUUCUGAAUUCAUUCUAUGGAUAUGUCAUGCGUAAAGGGUACAUGCAAAUUUUGUAGUAAACUUUUCUAUACUUUACUAAAUGUCACAUGGGAAUAUUUUGUUAGUAAUAACAGCCCUAAGGUAUAUUUUCAACUUUCUCUUUUUGAGAAAAAUCUCACUUUGCUAAAUAUCUGCUAAUGCUCAGGACCAUGUUAAUCUCCUAUAUGAGAUAGCAGUGUACUUUAACACAAGCUAACUGAAAGUAUUGUGACUCAGAUCCUAGCUUCUGAGGAGCAUGUAAAAAAAAAUCUAUAGAUGGAUAUAUAUGGAGAGAGAGAGACAGACAACCUGAUAUAUAUAUAUAUAUAUAUCUCUGUGAUUCACAGUCUCCAAUGUACAGUUGUUUUUUUUUGUUGUUUUUUUUAUAUUUUAGACCUAAAACCAUCAAGUAUUUGUAUUGGCAAUAAAAAGUGGUUAUUUGUGAGUGGCUAUCAUGUAUAUUGUCUUAAAAUAUUACAAUAACAAAUGUGUGACUGUGUGAAUCACACUGUUCUACUAGUGGGGUAACAAACACUUUUAUGUCAAUGUGCUCCCUCCUGUGUCACAAACUCAGUGCGUAUUUCAAAAAAGAAAAAUGGUCCAAAAGGUGAUGGAUUGUCGUCCUCCUACAUAAUGUGCCCAAAUACAAUAACGAGAGCAAAUUAUAUAGCUCCUGAAAUUUUCACAUUUGUACUUACCUUAAUAUUUCCAUCAAACACAUUGUUUUGUAACGAUUCCCAAAGAUUGGUUUAGUAUCUUCAGAUACCCAUGAAUAUUUACAGUUCAGACAGUUUACCACAAACUGUUUUAUAGUGCACACAAGCACAUUUUUUUUAACCCCAAGAUGCAAACUCUCCAGAAUCCAGAAAAAGAUUUUUGGAACCGUAGGCAACUUACAAAAAACAAAACAAAGGAAACAAUAAAAAAAAUAUUGCUUUGAUCCAAUCUGGUUGAUUCAGUGAACUGUAUUUUGUUUCUAUUCGCAAACAUCCAUGCACAAUAAAAAGAAAAAAAAAACAUUAAAUGCCAACGAAAUACUGUGCACAAUGCAAUUGUAAUGGCUGGACCAAAAAACACAUUUAGCAAACAGAUUGAUGGAUUGAUUUCUCCCAUAUAAGCUUUCCCUAUUGGUCCCGUGACUUGGGAUGUUCAUGUUUAUGUUCUUCCAUGAUUAAUGGUAUGCUAAAAUCUGAAUUUUGGAUGAUUUUUAUAUGAAACCACAAGUUUCAAGUAUCUGCUUUUUAAAAAUGUUUUUAAUUUCUUCACUUCUCCCUCUAGGGCUCGAUGGUAUUCAAUGGAGAUGGCUGGUAUUGUGUGCUAUACUGGUGCCAACAUUAUCACGCAAGCAAGGGAACUGGUUGAACAAAUCGGGUGAGGUGCUAAGAAUAAGAUGUGGCAUAACCAUAUAGUCCCACCUAGCAUUGUCUUCAAUUCAAGUACUGUUUUUAUAUCUAAUAUAAACUUACAUCAUUUGAGAAAAAUCUUUUAAUACCUGUUAAGUUUUGCUUCCUUAUUGUAAGGAAUUUUCAAUUUUUCCAUCUAUAUUGAACAACUUUCUGGGAGAGGAAUUGUUUUUACAGGGUAAAGGAUAGUAAUGUUUAACAAUUGUAUGUAAAAUCAUUUCGCAUAAUCUUUCUUUUUUAGCAGACUGACUCACUAGAUUUCCUAUUUUCUCUCAGGAGACCACUAGAACUGGACACAGAUGGAAUCUGGUGUGUCCUUCCUAACAGCUUUCCAGAGAACUUUGUCAUCAAGUCCAAUAAUGCCAAGAAACCCAAAGUCACCAUAUCAUACCCUGGAGCAAUGCUUAAUAUCCUUGUGAAGGUUAGAUGUCUUGUGUAAUAUAUGCCUGGUUUAAAGAGAAAAACACUUUUGAUUCAGUACUCUACAUAAUUCAGACAUUUUCUUCCAGGAGGGGUUUACAAAUCAUCAGUACCAAGAGCUGAGUGACCCAUCCACACUUACUUACAUCACCCGCUCAGAGAAUAGCAUUUUCUUUGAGGUGGAUGGGCCUUACCUUGCCAUGAUCCUGCCAGCUUCCAAGGAGGAAGGGAAGAAGCUAAAGAAAAGGUUGGUGCAUGUUUUGUGACAGAUCUAUACUCUUAACAUUACAUCCUUUCUUGCACAUCAGUAACAAUCCUCACCUUGUAGGUAUGCAGUGUUUAAUGAAGAUGGCUCGCUUGCUGAGCUGAAGGGUUUUGAGGUGAAGCGUCGCGGGGAACUGCAGCUGAUAAAGAUUUUUCAGUCCUCCGUGUUUGAAGCCUUCCUGAAAGGCAGUACAUUGGAAGAGGUGUAUGCAUCUGUAGCCAAAGUAGCAGAUUAUUGGUUAGAUGUGCUAUACAGCAAGGUGAGCUUAAAUUUAAAAUGAAAGUUUGGGUAAAAUAUUUUCCUUUAAUUACUGUAUGAGAUGAGAACAUAUGCAUUUAAACAUUCUAGAAAAUGUAAAAGGUUUAGGAAACUACUACUAGUUGCCAGGAGAACUUGUACAUUGCAGAGAUUAAAGGGACACUAUAGCCACCUAAACAACUUUAGCUUAAUGGAGUAGUUUUGGUGUAUAGAUCAUACCCCUGCAGUCUCACUGCUAAAUUCUCUUCAAUUUAGGAGUUAAAUCACUUUGUUUAGACAGUCCUAGUCACACACCCCCUCAUGUGACUUAAGCAGCGCUCUUAACCCCUUUCUGUACAGAAUAGUCUGUUUACACUUCCUUUAUUGCACAUUCUGUUUUAUUUCAAUAUUUUGUUGUCUGCUGCACUGCUAAUCGCUUACUAGACCCUGCAGGAGCCUACUGCAUGUAAUUAAAGUUCAAAUUACAGAGCAGGAGAUAAAAACUGUGGCGGACUGCCUGGUACCCCGACUGGGUACCUCCCGCCAAACACGCUCCCUAGCUAUCGUUGGGAAACCAUCAGCACUUCAGCCCCUAGCCGCCACAGCUUGGCUGGGGUCUCACUGUCACUUCCCACCCUGGAACAGGGUCCUGGAUCCAAAUGAUUGAAGCUCUCCUGCAGAGAAUAUAGCUGUGGAGUGAUUAUAGCUGCUUUGUGAUUAUAGCAAGCUGAAUGAUCAUAGCUUUCCCCCACAGACAUUAGCUGAGACUUUAAUGCUGGGAGUGAACAGGUUUAAGGUGGCAUGGUACAGGCAAUUUACACACAGACCCCCAGCAGGGUGUCAAUACAGACUCCUCCCCGGAAUCUGUGUCUGUGAGAUAAUUGAGUGUACUUUGCUUAAACUAAUUAUCUCCCAGGCACAGAUGUAUUUCAAGGGACCCCCACAAGUCCUAUUUCACCGAAUAGCCUGGAUCUUAGCGCCAUACAUUUCCAAAAAGGGCUUAGAUCCCACAAACACAGGCGAAUCUCCACCAGGGUAAAGUUUUGACCGACCGCACACAUGGCGUCUGCCCAAAAUAGUUCCAUAAGAAAAGUGGUAGCGGUCAGUAACUUUCGUCGAGUCGCAAAACAAAAUAACCUAGUUUCUAGGUAUCGAUUGUUCGCUUAGUUCGUGCAAACAGUCCUACUGAGCAGUGCUCUCCUGAGAUGGUUAGAAAAGAAGCAGGCGUUCGUCUAAGUUCAGUAGUGUUCGCGAGUUAGUCUGUCCGAUUUUAGUUCCAUACACUUGACGCCCAAACACCAGGCGUUCGUGCGCCAAGAUGGCCUCUAAUUCAUUCCCCACAUGUUCGUUCAUGCUAACGGCGGCAACCCAGUCGAACGCUUAUGAUAAGUGUGAAACAAUGAUGGAGGUGUCAGGAAAGGUUAAUGGGGUUUAACAAGCCCAGAGGUGGUCAGAGUAUGGGGGGUGUAGAGAGGCAAUUUGUGGGUUUGUUCGGUAACCAAGCUGAAGAAGGGAAAACGUACCAACAGAGUAUCUGAAGGGUCCGCUAUAUGGCCCUAAGUCCUUGGGCAGAAGGCUAGCUAGCAGGCUCCUCCAGGAGCGCGUGGCAUAGGCAUAUUUGCCACAAAAACUUUUUAAAGGAAGUUACAUCUGAUUACAAAUAAAAGCAUUUUGUUUUCAUGCUGGCUGUGUGGCUAGGGUUGCAUAAACAGAAACAAAAGUGAUUUAAGUCCUAAAUGGUAGUGAACUGAACAGUAAGAGUUCAGAGGCAUGAUCUGUACACUAAAACUGCUUCAUUAAGCUAACGUUGUUUUGGUGACUAUAGUGUCCCGUUAAAGAGUCAUUAGAGAGCCAUGAUGCAGCAGAGAUUUAGAACAAAUAAAACAAACAGUUUCCAUAAUAAUUUACCACAAUUCUACCAAGCUGAUAAUGACAAUCUUUAUAACCAAAAAAACAACUUUUGUCUCCCUACAGGCUGCCAACAUGCCAGACUCAGAACUGUUUGAGUUGAUUUCAGAGAACCGAUCCAUGUCCCGACGCCUUGAGGAUUACGGAGAACAGAAAUCUACUUCCAUCAGCACUGCCAAACGUCUUGCAGAGUUUCUGGGAGACCAAAUGGUGAAAGAUGCUGGGCUGAGCUGCCGCUUUGUCAUCUCUCGCAAACCUGAGGGCUCACCAGUUACAGAAAGGUCAGGCACUUGACAAUUCGUAUGUUUUGUGGUUGAAAAGUACAUAAAUGACUUGUGUCCAUGUUCUGAAAAACACACUCUUGACCCUUCUUUACAUUUAAUUUGUUUGUACCACUUUUUAUGUUCAAGAGCCAUUCCUCUGGCAAUCUUUCAAGCAGAGCUGGGAGUCAAGAGACACUAUUUGCGCAAGUGGCUAAAAAAUUCUUCACUUCAAGACUUGGAUAUUCGCUCAGUAAGUGCAAAUUUUCCUUCCACAUUUGUUCCAUCAUCCUAUUUGUGGAAACUGUUUACCUUUUUCUCCCUUUUCUUCCUUUAGAUAUUGGACUGGGAUUAUUACAUUGAGCGACUGGGCAGUGCAAUCCAGAAGAUUAUCACUAUUCCUGCAGCCUUACAACAGGUGGGAAGAUCACAUCUUGUUCAAUGAUAGCUAUUUGCAACUUGACGUUUGUCAAUUCUACAAAACUCAACAUUUUGUCUAACUUAGAGCCAAAAAUCACAAUGGACAUGACACAUUUAAAAUAUAUGAAGCAUAUGCACAAGGUUUAUUUAGAGAAGUAGGAAGUGGAUUUUAAAUUAAUAAUGUGAGUCAAUAUUGUGGUAGACUCAUUGGAAAUGGUGGGGAAUUGUAUUUUAUUGAAAUAGUAGGACACCAUGAAAUAUCUCAAAAUGUUUAAAUAUAUUUGUCGGGAGCUGCUUACACUUCACUAUAUCAGAGAGAGUUGAAUCUUUGUUUCUCUGGUUUGACAUUAUUUUUGUGCUUUUUCUCUGGCUUCAAAAAGUCACACUCUAAGGGAACUAAGUCCAUCAAAGUUUAAAAAAAUUAAAUAAAUAGAAAGAUCUUGAGACCACAGACAGCUUCUAUUCGUGUGCCCUUUUUAUUUAUUUAUUUAUUUAUUUAUUUUCAAUGAAAGAAUGAAUUGCAGGAUUUAUUGCACGUUUCUGCAAGUUUCCCUUAAAUAUCCGCUGCUGCUCGAUGCCAUGUUGGUAGUUUGUUCAUUGUAUCCAUGCGUUUUGUGCCCUCAGGUGAAGAAUCCUGUUCCACGUGUGCGGCACCCAGACUGGCUGCAUAAAAAGUUACUAGAGAAAAAUGAUAUUUUCAAGCAGAAAAGGAUUAAUGAGUUGUUCACGAGUGAGGGCAAGAAGCAGGUAAUACAUUUUUUCUUAACUGUCUUAAUGUACUUCUAAAAUAUAGUAAAUCAGAAUGAUCAAAAGUCAUAAAACAGGGGGCUGGGCCUGGAUACCAAGCUGUGCAGACGUGUCUAGCACGAGCUCCAGCCAAGCGGGCAAAAAAACGGGGCAAAGGCGUGGGAAAUAUGGCCCAUGGUCCUUCACGGGUGCCCCCACCAACUCGAUAGAUUCUACCUCGGGGCCGGGAGCGCAGAGAUCCGAGCGCGGCCUACUGGGACUGGAGCCAGGGAGAGGCGGCUUCUCUCCUCGGCGCCGAGGCCCUCCAGCAACUUAACUCCAGGGGCCCCAAAAGAGACACUCGCAGAGGCAUCAACUGGGACUUCCCGAUACUAGGCACCCCAAUAUGCUAAUCUGUUUAUGGCAGAUCUUGAACAGAGAUUCCUAGAAAUCCAACACCAUACAAAUAUUAUCGCUAUAUCGAUGAUAUCUUCAUAAUUUGGACUGAAAGCGAAGAAAAACUGAUACAGUUCCAUGACUCUUUCAACACAUUCCAUCCAUCAAUCAAACUAAAAAUUUAAUAUUCCACUAGAUCUGUGAAUUUUCUGGACACCACUGUGACAUGUAAUAAUGGCACAAUCCACACCUCGGUUUACAGAAAACCCACAGACAGGUGCAGUUACCUUCACAGCUCCAGCUUCCACCCCUCUCAUACUAAACAGGGCAUCAUCUACAGCCAAGCUACUAGGUACCAUCGCAUAUGCUCUGAUCCUAAUGACUGUAAUUCCCAUCUAAAUGUACUCUCUCAAUCUAUGAGACAGGCUACAAACCAAAGACUAUUACCAAACAAAUCAACUCUGCUGUAAAAACACCACGCACGCGCCUGCUACAGUACAGAGAGAAAACCAUAUCCACACGAGUGCCACUUGUAGUCACCUACAACCCAGCUCUUGAGGAAAUACGGAAAAUCAUCAGACCUACAACCAAUAUUAACAGAAGAUGAGACUCUGAAAAACAUUUUCCCUGAAACACCCAUUUUGACCUUCAGACUACCACCAAACCUCCAACAAAAAUUAAUCAACAGGAAGCUGCCCACUGAUGGUAAGAAUGAAGAAAACGGGACCAGUCAAUGCAAAAAACCUCGCUGCAAACUGUUAGCACAUGUGCACAGACAACACAGCCACACACAACAAUAAAACCUACAGCAUUAAAGGUUCAUACUCCUGCACAUCCAGCAAUGUGGUAUACAUGAUUCAAUGCAUAAAAUGCCACCUAGGAUGCUACAUUGGGGAAACCACCCAGCCAUUAAAUGGCAAAAUGAAUAUGCACAGACACUCUAUUAAACACCACAAAGAAGAAUCAUACUGCACUCCUGUGGGACACCACUUUACCCAGCCUAGCCACUCACUGAAGGACCUAAAAAUCAAAGAACUGAAAGGGGGUUUUUAAAAAUACCCAGGAAAGAAAAGCAUUUGAAGCCAGAAUGAUUAAAUGGUUUAACAGCACGAAUAGAGGACUAAAUAUUGAUUUAGGAUUCCUGUCCCACUACCAACACAUUAUAUGAACACUCUCCCAGCAUUAUCUUACUAUUCUGUCAUAUGUACAAACACUUUAAAAUGCAUUCCUAUAUGUUUAUUCUAUCUAUAUACAAAGUACUAUGUAUAGACCUAUGCUUUCCCAAACUCGUAUGCAUGAAUGCUUAUAUAUAUAUAUAUAUAUAUCUCUAUCUAUAUAUAUAUCUCUAUCUAUAUAUAUAUAUAUAUAUAUAUAUAUAUAUAUAUAUAUAUAUAUAAUCUGUGCAUUUAUAUUUGUGUAUAUGAGUUGCAUGUAUGUAUAUGUGUUUAUGUAUAUGUACAUGUGUUUAUGCGUUUACAUAUACAUAUUUGUGUGUGUGCAUGUAUAAAGUGUACCAUCCUGUGCACUGUCUGCUUGUUUGUUUUUCUUUUCCCUCUCUCCCCCCUCACUCUGCCCUUCAACAAGAUAUUUAUGACCCUCUGCUAAGAUGGUGUCUAUUCUCCAACAAACCUGUGUCUUAUCUACACUCAUGUCGCUUUAACCCCUGUAUCACAACUCAACUUUGAAUUCUAUGUGUCGUUUUGCUCAGAAAUGCUUCAGACUUGAGAAAGGUUCUCCCGAAAGCUUGUCAUUAAAAAAUUCUGUUAGUCAAAUAAAAAAGGUAUUACAAGAUAAGAAUUUUAUCUGUGUUUUACAUUUUUUUUAUAUAUAUCUCCAAAAAAUGAAGUUUGGCACUCUUCCUUAUUACAGUAUUUAAACGCUAUAACUAGGGUGCAAACCCGCGAAAAUAUAUAUAGAGAAAAAUCAAAGGUCUCUCGCUUUCUCCCUCCCUCUCUCCCUCCUUCCCCACCAUAACCUAUUUGAUUUACAUUAACAAUGAAAUGGCAAACAUGAGUUGUUUAUUGGCUUUGCAUCUUUUUCUAAGUUGUGUUUCAAAGCUGUUGUAUGAAGCAAACACAGACUCAACAGAAUCCAUGUUUAAAAUGUAAAUCCAUGCAAAAUGUGAUUCUUGCAAAUGCCCACACAGAAUCCUUUGCGGUAGUAACAUCACUGCAGAUUUGUUAUUUCUGUGGGAAAAGAAAGUCUUAUGGCUUGACUGGUGUGCAGAUUUUUGUUUAACAUUGUAUUAACUAUCUCCAGACUUCAGGUGGACAGGGUUUUCAAUCACAAUUUUUCCCCACAGCAACUUAUUUGGAUAUAUAUAUAUCUAUAUAUCUAUCUAUCUAUAUAUAUAUCUAUCUAUAUAUCUAUCUAUCUAUAUAUCUAUCUAUCUAUAUAUAUAUAUCUCUAUAUCUAAACUGAUCAUUAAUUUUUUUGUUUUGUUAUUAAUUUUCAAGCAUUAUGCCAUGGAUAUGCCUACUUCUAAUAGAUAACACACACUUAAUUCAUAUCUUUGUUACCAUUACAAAACGUAGAUCAAAUUUCUAGAUGGUAGCAACAUGAUAUGGAGUACUUUAUUCCCUCCAAUUUGUAAUACAUGGAUGUUGUAUGGUUUGGUUCAAUAAUAUUUAUUUACUAUUAUGGAUAUUUCCCUCCCCAGUCUACUUAGUUACUGAAUGCAUCAGGAAGUGUGUGGUUGGUUAAUUACAAGCAGAGUGGUUUUAGAACAGGAAUCUCUAAUAACAUCAUCUGUUUUCCAAGCUAUAAUUGUGAACCCCUAGGUUGGCCUCCUGCCUUUCACUAAUUUAAUCAAAGGAAUCCUGUAUCAUCUGUUAUAUAUGAUUUGAUAUAUGGGAAUCAUUUUUUUGCUAAUGGAAUUCUAGUACCGGAAUGGAAAAUGUAUUGAAUCAGUUCAGUGACAUAGAAAGAGCAUUUACUUUGUGUCAUGUCUCUACAUCGUUUCUCAGAAAGUACAACUAAUAGCACGUGUUAAUAAACCUGUAGGUAGAAGUAUACAGGAAUAAACUUCCUUAGGUUUUGGUAGUCAAGUGCCAAACUUUAAGCUUUUAAUGGACUUGAACAAUCAUGAAUAUUUCCUAACCACAAAGUUAGACUUAUUUACUCUGCAGGCAGCUGGUGAUUUAGAUUUUUCUCACAACUGUAAUUUCUUGUAGUAGGAGUCUAGCUAUACUGGUAUUCAUUUGGCCUUGCAUUUAUUUUUUCUACAAAUCUGCAGAUAAAUAUAUUUUAAAUAAAAAUGUGUAUUAUCCCCCCUUCCCACAAGUUUUUUUUAAAUAUUUAUAUAUAUAUAUAUAUAUAUAUAUAUAUAUAUAUAUAUAUAUAUAUAUAUAUAUAUAUAUAUAUAUAUAUAUAAACAAGCUCUUUUGUCACUUUAUUUAUAUUGAUCUUAUUAUGCUUUCUUGCAGUCUUCGGGUACUGUUUGUUUUGUUUUCAAAAGUUGCAUGCAUUAUUUACACAAGUUGGUGCAUUUUUGUAGCUCACUCUUCUUCCUGUAUAGUAUGGAUUUAUAAAAAGGUGGUUAGAAUACCCUAUAUUGGAUAUAAUCAUAAGGGUGUUUGAUAAUCUCACCAGUGAGUGCUUGGAUUGUUCAGAUUUGGUUACUCUCACACCUGUUUAGGUAACUGCCCAGUUGCAGCAACCAGAAACCUCUCAGACCCCAGACAUGGAGGAUUUUGGGAAUGGUAAACGUCUCCAGCCAGCAAUUCCCAUUAGCACCAAGAGGAAACGUGUGCCAACAGCUGAAGAGAGUCAAGGAGAUUCUCAGGAUUUAACACUCACGCAGUCUUGGCGAGAGGUGCUGGGACCACCUCCACCACUGGGCACCACAAAGGUGAGCAGGCAUAUAGAGCACAGUCUAUGCAAUAUGUAUUCGUGGUGGUGGAUAUCUCUGUGAUUCUUAAUUACUCUUUAGGAAGAGAGAAUAGUAUGGCUGCGUUACCACAAAAAGAAGUGGGAGUUGCAAGCACGACAGCGGAAGGAAAGGCAAAAGAAACGUCGAUUGGCAGAUGGGGAUGCUGCACCUGGAGCUGGAGGAGUUGUCCGAGAGACUCAAGCGGCUGGCCUAGGAAGUUUCCUGAGAAGAACAGCUCGCAGUAUCCUAGACAUGCCCUGGCAAAUUGUGCAGGUCAGUAUAAUUCCUUUUCAAAAGCAGGUAUAAACAAACAGUCUUUGCGCAUGAUCCACUUACUUUCUUGGUAUUCCAUAGAUUGGGGAGAGCAGCCAACCAGGACUGUUCCGCCUUUGGGCUGUCAUAGGCAGCGAUCUACACUGCAUCAAACUCAGCAUCCCACGUGUCUUUUAUGUCAACCAACGAGUCCCAAAACCAGAGGAGGGUUCUGUUUACAGAAAGGUUGGAAUUUCUCUAUUGAUAAAAUACUGUGGUAAAACAUUCUGUUACCAUGUCCUUAAAUUAUUGCUUUUGCUUCAAAUGUCAAGAUGCAUAUGGCGACAACUACAAAUUUCUCGUUUGUUCCUUUUUCUUUACAUCAUCUACCAGCAUAAAGAUCAAAUUGUUUUCCUUUCACCAGGUCAACAGGAUUCUCCCUCGAAGUAACCCUGUAUACCAUCUGUAUGAAUACACAGUACCAGAGGAUAUGUAUCAGGAACACAUCAAUGAGAUCAAUGCAGAUCUGUCUGCUCCAGAUAUUGAGGGUGUAUAUGAGACACAGGUAUUGUCCACUUCUCAAAUGAAUUUUGAAAAUAAUUUUUAACCACUGGGAAGUCUUUCUUUAGUUGAAAGCACACAUUUUGUUAUUUCACAAGUGAAACAGUCGAAAAACAUUUAUUUCUAAUUAAGAAUGUUUAUAUAUGAUUAACUUAAUUGAGAAGGAACAUAAACAUGUGAUUGCCAGAGGAUGUGACAUUGUUCUGUUUUCUACUCUCUUUACUACGUGCUGAUUAUAUUUGUUCCGACCCAGGUUCCCUUGCUGUUGCGUGCAGUCACCAAACUGGGUUGUGUCUGCAUGGUAAACAAGCAGCUGAUCCGGCAUCUCUCUGGACGAGAAGCUGAAACAUUUGAAUUGGACCACUUAGAAAUGAAGUCACUAGCUCAGUACAGCUACCUGGAACCAGGUAACAGAGGUUUUUACAUUUUCAUUUAAAGGGACACUAUAGUCACCAGAACUACAGCUUAAUGUAGUUGUUCUGGUGAUUAUAAUCAUUCCCUGCUGGCAUUUGCAUGCAAACUCUGCCUUUUCACAGAAAAAAACAAUGUUUACUUUGCCCCCUAUGGACACCUCCAGUGGCCACUGGAGGUGCUUCCUGGGGCAGUGCUGUACCGUGUGCAGCACUGCUGUUCCUCGGAGACGCUGAAUUUUCCUCAUAGAGAUGCAUUGAUUCAAUGCAUCUAUGAGGAAGGACUGAUUGGCCAAGCUGGUGUUUGGCCCCUCCCCUGUCCUGCCGCCUUUCAAUUUCAGACAAUCCAAUAUGGCAAAGCAUUGGAUUGGCUAAAAAUCAUAAAUUCUGAUGUCAGCAAGGAGAUGGAUCUGGGGUGGGGCCAGCGGAUCCACACGAUGCUGGAAAUAAGCUUUUAUUACCUUUUUAAUGGGGUAAAAGGGGGGCCAACCACCUAAAUAGUGGUGUUAACACUAUAUGGUCAGGAAUACAUGUUUGUGUUCCUGACCCUAUAGGGUUCCUUUAAUUUUGAAACUUUUUUUUUGUUUCCCCUUCACAGGAAGUAUCAGGCACAUUUAUUUGUAUCAUAAUUCUCAAGGAAAUAAAGCUUUGUUUGGUCUCUUCAUCCCAUCCCAGCGUAAAUCUGCCGUUUUUGUGGUGGAUACGGUAAGAGAAGUGAUUGGGUUUGGUUGUUGUUGACAUGGCAGGCAGUAAUUUUAUUCCCAAAGGCAUUGUACUGAUUGGGGCGGUAUUGAUGAUAAGCAGUAAUACAAUUGCAAAAAGUGUAAACAAUGGAAUUUGUCAAAUGCAGUGCAAUAUGCCUGGUAUAUUUUUAUUUAAAAAAUAUAGAGAUAAGUGCUUAAUUCAGUGUUAAUAUUGGGUGGUAAUUUCAAAGUAAAAUAUUUUGGUCCAUUUUUAUCUUUCCUUUGUACAGGUGCGUAGUAAUCAAAUGCCAAACCUUAGCAGUAUGUAUACAGCAGAACGCACAGCUAUGCUGGAGAGAGUGGACUCUGAGCUACUGCCGCCAGAAAAGCAUGUCUUUGAGGUGCGAGCAGAAACAGACUUGAAAACGGUCUACAGAGCUAUCCAGAGAUUACUCCUGAGCUACAAGGUGAGAAAAGAGGUUCUAUGGCCAUAUUGUAAAACAAACUUUGCAUCAAGUAGCAUAGUUUUAAACCUGUUAUGUUUGACCCUAACUUAAGGAUGAAAGACGAGGUCCUACUUUGAUAGCCAUGCAGUCUAACUGGCCAUGGAAGAGGUUGGCUGGAGGAAUGCCUGUUCUGGAAGAAUUCCCUCUGGUCCCUGUGCGUGUGACAGAUGACAUCAGCUACAGUGUCCUCGACUGGCAGCGUCACGGAGCUCGGCGCAUGAUUCGUCAUUACCUUAACUUGGACAGCUGUCUAUCCCAGGCAUUUGAGAUGGCCAGGUGAAAUAUAAUAAAUUUGUAUGCUAUUUAUUUAAAUAUAAAACAUUAAUAGCAUCUGGUAUAAUGAUACACAUUAAUAAUUUAACAUCAACGGUUACACAAGGUCCUGAGGCCUUUGGCUAUUUAAAUACUUUCCAUACAUUACGUGUGUGGAUUGUAAAAGCAUUCUACAACUGUCAUGGCAAACCUGUGGUGGGAGUUUCACUAAAUCAGGGCAGGCAACCUUUGGCGCUCCAAAUGUGGUAGACUAUAUCGCCAAAAAUGCUGGCAAAGGGGACAUGUAGUCCACAACAUCUGGAGUGCCAAAGAUUGGCUACCCUGCACUAGAUGAUACUGUCAGUUUAAUAGGAAUCCUGUAAAUUGUAGCGGCUUUAACAAAUGCUGUGCCUUUAGUGCACAAUGCAAAGCUGCUAAAUGUCGGUCACUAGGUAUGAUGAUGAUAAAGUGCUUAGUGAGUAUGUGAGAUACAGUAAAAUAAAAUCAUGAGAUCUGAGUGAAAGUGGAUAUGGCGUUUACAAAUAAUAGAUAAUUUAGAGGGAAAUGAGAGUACUGAUUUUAGUGGGUUUAGAAAAGUAUUGAACUGAAGGUGGGACAUUCAAGGAAAGGUUUAGAGGAUGUGACGGGAGAAUAGACCGUUAAAAUUUAAAUGGAGAAGGUGGUCAGCAAAAACCAGUGUAGAGGGAGAGUGCAAUUGCAAUUAGAAUGUUGAUGUACUGUAAAAUAUAUUACUUGUACUUUAAAAUGUUCAUAGACCAAAUCUUGCAACACAGGUUCCUAACCACAGGACUGAUAUCUGAACUCGAUCAAGUAAAUAGAAAAAAUACUUUUGCUCCAUUCCCCCCUUUGUGCACUAUUUUUUAUAUAUUUUUUUUCUUCCUACAUUAUUCCGGAUGCAAUAAAAGUUUUUGGUUUUACUACUUAUAUGAUCGGGUCCAGAUGUCUGUCCUCUGGUUAUCACCUGGCGUUGCAGUUGCACUUUGUCUUUAGUGGGUGGUGAACCCACCAGUCACGUCUUGUGGGAUAAGAACAUUUGGAGGUUUACUUUAUUUUCUCUGCAUAAUUUACCUGUCUUUUUUUUCCAUAGGCCAUAUCAUCUUUAUAUUUUUUUUUAUCAUCCUUUUGUUUCACACAUACUUUUGUUUUGGGCUAUCACUCUAAAACUCUCUGGACUAUGUUUGUUUUGGGGGUUUUUUAAUUACUUUUUUUUAGGUUUUUUUUUUUUUCCUAUAAUUCUUAAUCUUAAGUAUUUUGUAUUUAAUUUUCUUUAAAAUGUCACUCUCCACCUUCAGAUAUUAUCACCUUCCUGUGGGUAAUUUGCCAGAUGAUGUAUCCACUUUUGGAUCUGACCUGUUCUUUGCAAGACAUCUUCGCCGACACAAUCACCUGCUUUGGAUGUCCCCUAGCACCCGACCAGAUCUUGGUGGCAAAGAAGCAGAUAAUAACCGUCUGGUAAUGGAGUUUGAUGAAAGAGCCUCUGUGGAAAUAAACAACUCUGGUUGCUACAAUACUGGUAAAAAAACUAUUUAUGAUCAUUAAACUAUAGAAGACAAAAAAAUCCUUAUUUAUCCGUUUUUUGAAUGUUGAAGCAAAGUAUGCCUCAUGCCAUUGCAAUACAUACCAAUAUGACAGAAAAUCUUUUUACAAUAACAUUGGCCCAGUAGCCCACUUUUGAUGAUCGCGUUGUGCCUAAUUUCUGCCUGCAGGUUCUGUUAGAUUACAUAAUUUAAAUUUACCCAGCCUGUGCUUCAGAAAUGUAUUGCGCACGUCCCAUUAGAACAGUUUAGCGCUCUCUCUGUUCAUGAUUGUUGUAACUUCCUGAACAGUUGAAACUUCAGGAUUUACAGUGUGAAUCAUGAAAUAGACUCUUCUGCCAUUUCUCAAAGUAGUGAAUGAAGAUAAUGAACAGAGGUGAUUUUAGAUUGUUUCAGAAUUUCAUCUUUUUGAGGUCAAUAAAAUAAGCACUAUUAACCCCUUAAGGACACAUGACAUGUCAUGAUUCCCUUUUAUUCCAGAAGUUUGGUCCUUAAGGGGUUAAAGGGACACUAUAGUCACCUGAACAACUUCAGCUUAAUGAGGUUGUUCAGGUGAGAACUAUAGCUCCCUGCAGCCUUUCUCAUGUAAACACUGUAUUUUCUGAGAAAAUAUAGUGUUUACAAUGAAAGCUAGGAACACCUCCAGUUGCAGUCACUCAGAGUGAACCAGAGGGACCUCUGAGUUGAUGGAGGCAUAAUAUGCCUCCAGACACUCAGAUCUGCUGUGCACGAACAUCCUGUGAUUCAGUAUCUCCUCCCACUGCAUGCAGACACUGAACUUUCCUCAUAGAGAUUCAUUGAUUCAAUUAAUCUCUAUGAGGAGAUGCUGAUUGGCCAGGGCUGUGUUUGAAUCAUGCUGGCUCUGUCCCUGAUCUGCCUCCUUGUCAGUCUCAGCCAAUCCUAUGGGGAAGCACUGUGAUUGGAUCAGGCUAUCACAUGUCAGCAGACUGCUUGUUUUUCCUGAGUCUUAACAGCAUGCAGAUUUACAGCUGCUGGCUUGAAUACAGUAAGAUUUUUUACUAUAUUUAUGGAGGCAUGGGGGGCUAGAUGGUAGUGUUAACACUAUAGGGUUAGGAAUACAUGUAGUUGCACUGGUGACUAUAGUGUCCCUUUAAUUUGUCCAAGACUAACAUUCUUUAUAAUCAUUUCUGUCAACAGUACCCUGUGCAUGUAUGUGUUCUCUAAAACCUCCUUUUGUGUCUUCUCUAGUGUGUGUGGAGCUUGAUAUCCAGAGCUUGGCUGUAAAUAGCAUCCUCCAGUCCCACCACAUUAAUGAUCUAGAAGGUGCCGGCAGCGUGGGAAUCAGUUUUGAUGUCCUGCAGCAGGCAUCGCUUGAAGAUAUGGUUACUGGAAAUCAAACCAACACUGUGGCCAGCUACGAUGAGACUGCACUCUGCUCAAACACCUUCAGGUGUGUAAUGGUGUAAAAUAGCUAAAUUUUAAGCUAUAAUAAAAUGUCUGCCCAAAUAUGGUCAAAGGCAUUUUUAUAAAUGUCAAAGUAAGUACAUUUUAUUUUGUGAAACUCCACCUAUUUUCCAAAACCUCCAUAUCUUCAACUGACUUCAUUACUUCUUUUAAAUUAUUACCUGUUUUGUAUUAAUGUAGAUCUUGAUUGCCCUGGCCUCUAUCUGUGCUGGCAUAGAUAUCCUCAUAAUUGAAUUAUUACUACUCUGAAUGAGGGCACAGUAUCUCACAACGUAAAUAUCAUUUGCAGAAUUCUGAAGAGUAUGGUUGUAGGUUGGGUGAAGGAGAUAACCCAGUACCACAACGUUUAUGCAGAUAACCAGGUUAUGCACUUCUACCGCUGGUUGAGAACCCCAUCUUCCCUACUAUAUGACCCUGCUCUUCACCGAACCCUACACAACAUGAUGAAGAAGUUGUUCCUGCAGUAAGUAAAAUGCUGUACAUGCUUUUGUUUUAAUUUUUUGUUACUGAAAUGUAUCUUAUGGCUAUUCACUUUAUAUUUCUGAUAAUGACAUUUACACACUUUGUGAGCAUACAGGACAGUGUUCAGUGCAGUUAUUUAGGACAGUUUCAAUUGCACUCCCUAAAGAAAUAGGUGCUUUUGCUUGAAUCAUUAAAGGGACACUCCAGGUACCCAGACCACUUCUGCCCAUUGGAGUGGUCUGGGUGCCAACUCCCACUACUCUUAACCCUGCAAGUGUAAUUAUUGCAGUUUUUUUACAAACUGCAAUAAUUACCUUGCAGGGUUAACUCCACCUCUAGUGGCUGUCUACUAGAGGGCUCUUCCUGGUUUCUAGCAGAGAAAAUCUGUGCUGUGAGGACCUCCAGCAUCGCCCAUUUUCCCAUAGGAAAGCAUUGAAAAGCAUUUGGGGAGCUCUAAUGCAAAUGCGCGGCAUUGCCGCACAUGCGACUUAGGUCUCCCCGGCCGGUGGGCGGGAUCAGUCUCGCCCACCAGCAGACGCAAUCACAGGGAGGAGCGGCGCGGAGGAAGAAGCAGCGACGUGGGACUUCGUCGCUGCCUCUGGUAAGUUACUGAAGGGGUUUUCACCCCUUCAGCAACCGGGGAUUGGGGGGUGGGAGGAAGAGGGGACCUGCAGUGCCAGGAAAACAGAUUGUUUUCCUGGCACUGGAGUUUCCCUUUAAUUAUCAAGCAAAAAAAACAAGGUAUAAGAGAGUACUGAAAACGGACAACAACUCAGAUAGCCUGCCCUUUGGUGGGUCCCCACUCCGAUCUCAAGUUGGUGCCAUUACAAAAAUAACUAGGCCAUUUGCAUAUCAGACUGAUCCCACCUAAAAAGGCGGAACAGAUCCAAAACGCAGCCUUUCUUCUCUUUGAGAUUGCAUCAGGCAUUCACACUCCAUUGUACAAAUUAACCAGCAACCCCAACAGCACAGACACGAGGUGCACAAGUGACAGUGCCUUUUAGAUUCCACACAUUUUCUUUGUUUAUUUUUUUUUUCAGUUCUGCCACCUUUCAUAAAACAUUACCGUUCUAGUUUCCCAGAAAAGACAAGAAAGAACAGAAAAUUCCAGCCAAAGUUCAAAACAUUUCUAUGGCUGAUAUCACACUUACUCUUUAACGUAAAGUGUGCUGUUUAGAAAUGUUGACAAUGGCUUUAAUUUGAACAUUAUCUGUCCAUUUUCCCUCACAAUCCAUAAACAUAGAAUUAGUCCAUCUUUCGACUGCAUAGACUAGUGCUCACCAAACCAGUCUCUAUGGAUUCUCAAUGCUACAUCUUACCAUACAUCGUAUUACUAUAGUUACUAGAAAUGCUGGAGCUGUAACCUAAUCAUUCUGUAAUCAGACAAAUUAUACUCUUUUUAUACAUUUUGUAAACCUAUUUGAAUUACCCCUCUCACUCCCUUUUAUAAUUUGUUUCCUUUUUCUUCAGGCAUUCAUUGUUUUAUUUUCUGUUAUAGACUAGUGGCAGAGUUCAAACGGCUUGGCUCCUCUGUGGUUUAUGCAAAUUUUAACCGCAUUAUUCUCUGCACCAAGAAGCGUCGCGUGGAGGAUGCAGUCGCUUACGUAGAGUAUAUCACUCAAAGGUGAGUAUAUAGUAUGUUACGCUGUGAUGUUGUUUGACUUAAAGGGCUGCUGUAAAUUAUUUAAAAUUUUUGCUUCCAGCAUACACUCACGGGAGCUCUUUCACUCUCUCACUAUUUCGUUUUCGCGCUGCUGGGAGUUUUUGCUCUGGAUGGACCCUGCGAAUUACGGUGGCAUCAAAGGGAAGCUUCCUUCCAGUGUUCACUAUGGAGAGGUCGGUUUACACAUGUUUACAGAAGGGUUGGAUUUUAGAAAGAAAAGUGAAUUGGUGUGUGUCUUAACAUGGAUUGUUGUGGCUUAUUUCAGAAAGUAAAAAAGAAGAAUGAUGAGGGCAGUGAAGAUGAGGAAGACGAAGAUGAAGAUGUUCCUUCAGACCGGGAGGACCCAGUGGAUGAAGUUGAAGAGGCUUUGGAGAAUAGCUGGAAUAUUGUACAGUACUUGCCACAAACAGCCUCUUGCCAAAGCUACUUUCUCAUGAUCAUCUCUGGUGAGUACUUCUCUUCUUCUGUAACUUUUUAUCCAUGUUAUGUGCCACGAGAACUUGUAGUAUAUCUGAUUGUGCUCUUUAACUUCCCAUACAUUCAUAACCCAGUGACAUCUGCUGUGUACAUCGUCGUUGGGGGUCUCUCUUCUAAAUCACAGUAUGUCUCCACUUCUCCCUGUGAUCUCUGGUCCUUCACUUUCCCACAGAGCACUUUGUGUAUUAGAACUCAUUUUGACUCCAGUCAGACUGGGCAAAGCUUCUGACCAGAGAUUCACAAGUAAUUAAAAGAACUUUUACAUGCAGGUACAUUGAUGGGAAGACAAAAUAUACAAACUUAUUUUCAGAUUUCCUGGUCAUAAAUUUAAAUUCUUAUGUCCUGUUCAUACAGCAUAUGUUGUGGCCGUGUAUCAUAGCAUGAGAGAGGAAAUUAGAAGGAAUGCGCCUGGGAGCACUCCAAUCAAACGAAGACAGCAUAGCCAGGUUUCGCAAGAACCGGAAGGAGAAACUGGAGCCAUGCCUGGUGAGGACCUCUCUGAUUUAAGCAUAUUGCAAAUUUUUUUGUGAUUUUAUAAUGGAUUAACUAACGUUGAUUUGCAUGGGCACUUUGAGGUAUAUCCUACUGCAAAAUGUCUUCAUGUCAUUUAUAUGAAAUUAUGUCCAUUGCCUUUUUCUGGGGCCUGUAUUUGAACCUAUGUUCAAAAGAAGUUGUCUUGUCCUAUAACAGGGAUAGGCAACUUUCGGCAGUCCAGAUGUUUUGGACUUCAUCCCCAAUAAUGCUCUUACACCAUUAAUGUUGGCAAAGUAUUAUGGGAGGUGUAGUCCAAAACAUCUGGAGUGCCGAAGGUUGCCCAUGCCUUUCCUAUAACAUCAUAAACCAAUUGCCAACAUGCUAACUUCUAUAUCUCUUGGGAGGAAAUUAAGUUGCCACGGUUUGAAUUACUGUGUAUUUUUUUUUAUUUUUAUUUUAUUAUAAAACCCACCUUUUCUUCACAGGUCUUAUCACCUUUUCCCAGGAUUACGUGGCUAAUGAGUUAACACAGAACUUCUUUACCAUCACACAGAAGAUACAGAAGAAGGUGACUGGGACUCGCCAUGCAACAGAGCCCUCGGAUAUGUUUCCCAUCUUACCAGGGUCUUAUCUUCCUUUCAACAAUCCAGCCUUAGAAUUCAUCAAAUGUGUGUGUGAGGUAAAUAGCUAGAAUACAUGGCAGCUUUAUACUCAAGCUAACUGGAAUCAAGAGCUCAUAUACUUGUAGUAUUCAAAAUCGCAGUAAUCACUAGAAAACAGCAAAGUAAAUAAAAAUAAAUUCAUACUGUGUGAAUGCAGAACCUCUAUGAAGCAAUGCUUUGUAAUAACUGUACUGUGAGCAUAUUUAUCCAAAGAAAAUAAAUUAUUUUAAACUAGCUGGUGCUGGUCAUUUAUAUUGCUGCGUGAUUUUGUAAGGAAUAGAUAGCUACAAAAUAUUGUUCAUAUAUUUUCACUGUACAUCAUGAUUUCAUCUGCCUAGUUUAUCUAUGAAGUUUAGUAUUUUAGGCAGGUGCCCACAGAGUACAAUGAGCGUCCUAGUGGUAACACUAAUGUAUCAGGACUUUGACAUCCUCUUUAAAGCGGCACUGUCGUUCCAAACGUACUUUUCCCCUAUUGUUUUCUUUUCUCUGUCUGUUUCUGUUCUUGGGUUCUUUAUUUUUGAUCUAGCUUUCUGUAAAACAUAACACAAAGUAGGGACAACUUUGUCCUUUGUAUUUUUCCUACACUUGAUAUUCUCUGACACAAGGAGUAACUCAAGUCCGUUCCAUUUCCUGUGUCAGAAUGUUAGGCGUAGAAAAAAAUAUAAACAAAGUAGGUCCUACUUUCGCUUAUGUUUUAAAGAAAACUAGAUCAGAAAUAAAGAAAAGCCGAUUCUGAGAGCGGAAGAGAAUAUGAAAAAAUAGGAGAAAGGCAAGUUCCGCGUGACUGUACCUCUUUAACUUCUUGAUACUCAAGAAUGGACUUUAUCCUUUUUGUGUGCAUUUAGACUGGUGGUUUUAGCAGAUCAUAGUUAAUGUCCUAUCCUCUUUUUGGAUGAAUUACAAGAGGAUAUCUCUAUUCUAAUUUAGCAGCCAUAAACAUUAACUGUUCUACUUCCUCUCUGCUGUAUUCCAGUCAUUAACUGUGUCCUUAACUAUAUGAUCAACAUCAAAUCUUGGUACCCAUUGUCUCUAAUAUGGUUCUCAAUUAUAUUUAAUCAAAAUAGACAAUGAAGGAGCCUGCUCUAGAUUGUGGUUAUAUUGGCCCAUUCAAACCAGAAACCUCACUGGUAUGGUUGGUUUUACAGUCUCCCUAUACAAUUAUAAAUCUUCAUCAUGCUUAUAUUCCUGACAUUGACUAAAGCUAGGACAGUUUAUAUCAGUUUGUUCUAGGCAACACAUUAUGUUACACAUUUUAGCAAAACUGAUUUAUAGUUUUCAAUUCUAAUUUAAUAGCAUGUAAUUUUUAUGGCCCUUUCCAAGAAUUCUGGUCUAGUUACUGUGACUAAGCAAUUGAGAGAGUAAUGUUUGCAAGGCUAAAAUCAGAAAUUAUAUAGGGUCCUGUAGGCUGGCAAAAUUCAAUGCUAAUUAACUAUUUUAAAGCACCUAAUAUUGAUAACCUUUAGUUAAGAUUUUAUUAUAUUUAUUAUGGAUGCAUGUUUCUGAGAUCUAAAUGUGUAUUCAAUCCACAGGUAUUGUCUCUGGAUUCAAAUAUUACCAACCAGGUCAACAAACUGAAAAGAGAUCUCUUGCGGCUUAUCGAUGUAGGGGAGUUCUCAGAAGAUGCACAGUUCCGUGACCCCUGUCGAUCCUAUAUAUUACCAGAGAUCAUUUGCAGGAAUUGCAAUUUCUGCCGGGACCUUGAUCUGUGCAAGGACCCUUCACUUGGUCAGGUCAGUGCCUUUCCCUCUUUCAUAUUUUAUAAGUUCAGGAGCACUCCAUGGUGAAUAUAACAGUUUUUUGUGCAGCACUGCUGUAAAGAGACAUUACAGCACUCAAUCUAAAAAAAAUACCAAUAAUCUAGAAAAUAUCAUUUUCAUGCAAGACACCCACUCCCCCUAGUGUUUUUGAUUUCAGCACUAAUGUCUCCAGAGACCUGCUAGUAGUUGAGAUCUCUUGUUGAUUUGUGGGAGUGUUAAAGCAGCACUGUCAUGCCGAACUUACCUUUCCCUAAUCAUUUCCUCGUAUCUUCCUCUCCCAGGAUCUGUUCUUAAUUUCUUCCUCUCUGCUCUAGUUUUCUUUAAAAUAUAAGACAAAGUAUGGACUAUUUGUCUUAUGUAGGUUUCCUACACCUGUGUGCUCCAUUUCCUGUGGUCAGAGAAAUUUGUCCACAAUUUUCACCUUUCCUCAGUGUUCUCGCGAUGCCUCCUUUCUGUGAAUGCCAGCAAAACUACCAAAUUUCCUACUGUCCUCUGGACCCCACCCUUGAGCUCAUAUAUUGCUUCUGUGAGUGUCAAGCCUCCUACUGGGAUGAUAUCAUUUCUUUCCACAUUGCUUGUAGAUACUAUUUUUUCCGGACCAAACUUGAGUCUCAAUAUGUUCUUAUUAGUUUCACAAAUCAAGUAUAUAACGGACAUGGGGGUAUAGUAUAUGUCUCCAAAAUGUACAGGCAAUAUAUAAAUUAAAAAGAGAAGAAAGGAAAAAACUAGUAUUAAGACAUAUAUGUAAAAAAUGAUGAUAAUCAUAUAAAGGGAAAGCUUGCAACUGUUAUAAUAUAUAAAGUGUAAAACAGACUGAUCAAACGUGACUUCCUAGCACAAACAGACUUGCCUAGGUUUACAGAGGGCGACGCUGACACUCUGAAAGCACCCAUUUCACAGGAGGUGGUGGAGGUUUCCACUCUCAAGGGUAAUAAAGCACCCAGACCUGACUGAUCUGAUAUGAGCUAUUACAAAAAAAUCAGGGGGGAGCUUGAAACACUUCUAUGUAGCUAUUAAGAUGUAUCCAGAUACAAGGUCAACCUCACUGAAUUGAUAGCAAUGCCAUUUAACUUGGUGGACCAGGACGUGACACACAUUAGACAUAUCCACCAAAUCAAAACCACCACAGAGGCGCUCACUUACCUGGGAGUGUGACUGACUGCAGACCCUAACGCAUUAUUCAGAUAUAAUGACACACCACAACUCACCACACUCAAAGAUUAUCUAGAGAAAUGGACAGACAAACCUAUUACCUGGCUGGGUCGCUUACAUUCAGUGAAGAUGAAUAUCAUGCCUAGACUAUUAUUCUUGUUUCAAGCCAUACAGGUACGGGUUACAAGGGGAGACUUAGCAGACAUACAGAAAGCUAUAGACACAUUUAUUUGGCAGAGAAAGCGAGACAGAAUCGCCCUUACGAUACUCUAUAGCCCUAAAAGGAGGGGUGGACUAGGGCUACCCCAACUCUAUUUUUACUACCUUGCAGUACAAAUAGCCCAAAUCGCUUAUUGGCACUGCCCCGUAGACCAUAGGUGAUGGGUGGACAUUGAGUCUGUGCUGACCUCCUGCAUUUCUACAUGUAGACUUCCAGAGAACAGUGUUUCUCAGGACUACCUACCCAGCGGUCCUCAACUCCAUAAGCUUAUGGGACCAAGUGGCACAAAUACAAUCUCACUAGUUUCCCUUCUCCAAUGACCCCAGUGUUGAGGAACAGAGCGUUCUUGCCGGGACUGGGGGCUAAGGAUUUCAAGGGCCUAGAGGCCACGAGUCUACAACGCUACAUCCAUCUAUACAUUAACAAACAGUAAAGUAUGAGCAUUUAAAAUCGUUUGCCCCACUGGGCACCCGAGACUUCUUUCGCUACAUACAGCUUAGAGACUUUGCACAAACCACUGAGGUUAGGACAGCAAUAGCCAAACAAUUUAAAUUUUUUGAGAACAUGCCUAUGCCCAUGAAACUAAUAUCCUUACUCUAUAGCCACAUCAGCUCGGAAUCCGGGGAAUGGGGAACACUAACAUGUACAGACCAGUGAGAGGUGGACUUGGGAGAAACAAUAGAGGGAACGGAUUGGCAGGACAUCUGGGAGGCCUGUGCGAAAAAAUCCAUAUGCACCUCCUUACAGGAACAGGCUUACAAAACACUAUUUUGAUGGUACACGACCUUUGUCAACCAAUGCCACAUGAAGAUCUGUCCAACAGAUACAUGCUGGCGCCUGUUCGGGGAAAAGGGCAACUUCAUACACGUAGUGGCACUGUCCCAGAGUUAGAGAAUACUGGCGAGGGGGGGUGCACCUGGGCUUGCAGAUCCUACAAAGGAGACUAACACUUGAUCCAUGGGCCUGCCUGUUGUCCAGAUCCACAGAGGGGCUAGACCGUUACGAACAAAGAGUAUUGAAUAUGCUCUGCUUAGCAGUUCGCUGAGUGUUGGCUCACUGGAUAAAACCUGAGACUCCCCAAUUAUCUCUAGUCAUAUCUAAAAGUAGAGACAAUUAUCUGAUGGACAGACUGACAGCACAGGUCUGCAACACAACUGCCUCUUUUAAAAAUGUAUGGGCUCUAUGGGAGCAAUUUGAGGAGUGACAGACAUUCCAAAACUGACCCUGACAGGGGAGGGGUGGAUGGGGGACGACCCCUCACCUCCGGUGCCAAACAACUAACCGGAUAUUGGGGAGAGCUGCAUUCGCAGAUAGUGCUGGUACCGAUGUAUGGGAAUUCUUGACAGCGGCUGGGGGUUGUCGGCUUGGGACUGCUGUGCAGCCGCCCUGCGGACAAGUGCUCAGGCCAUAGCAUGGCGGCCACCGGUGGAGACAAUAUACAGACUUAGAGCUACGAAUCCAAUUUAGCACAACCCUGAUUGUGUAACCAAAUGCGAACAUAUGAUACGAGCAAGUUAUUGUUAAUGGAUCGAUUACUUUUUUUUUUGAAUAUUUAAUCUUUAUUUUAUAUUUUUUUUUUUUUUUAAACCUUAUUAAAUACAUAUAUCAUACAAAUACAAAUAUCAUACAAAUAUACAUUUAUAAUACAAAAACAACAUAGCAGCAAAAUAGGGGAGGGAAGAGAAAAAUACAUCAAAAAGAUUUCCGUAGUAGAGUGGUAAUAUCAUUUAGAUAAGUCUCAUAAUUAUUUACAAUGUUCAUGGAAUUAUUCUACUUCUAAUUGAUCGGCAUUAUUUUCUACAUCAAUCAUCUCAAUACACUUUGACCAAACAGAAAUCUUAUUGCUUAAUCUUUGUUUACUUAGCAUCAGCUCCAUUCUAAUCUGAAACUCGAGUUGAAUUUUAACUUUCUUCCAGGGGACUUCUAAAUCCCUUUUCCACCAUCUCGCAAUUACUAUUUUAGCCGCUAAAAAAAGAUGUAUAAGAAUUGCUUUUAAUUCAUAUGUCAUAUGAGGCCAAUUCAGAUGCAGUAGAACUACCUCUGGAGAAAUUAUCAACUCGAGUUUUAAAUUAUUAGAUAUAAAAUGCUGUAUUUUCAACCAGAGAUAUUUUAAUUUGUGACAAUCCCACCAAAUAUGUCUAAAAUUGCCUCUAAUACUAUUACAUCUCCAACAGAUAGGAUUAAUUAGAGAGUAAAUUUUAUUCAAUUUAGCUGGUACUAAUUACCACCUAUUUAAAACUUUAAAGUGCGUUUCUAAUAAAUUUAAUGAAUGUAUAUUUUUCUUAACAUCCAUCAUUGAAGAACCCCAUUGAUUCAAAUUAAUAUCGAUAUUCAAAUCUUGUUUCCAAACCUGUAUGGCAGUAGGAUUUGUAUCUUUAAACAUUGAUUUAAUUAAUAUUAGAGCUUUGGAAAGUGGUUUAUUGAUUUUUUUUGACGUGAAUAAUAAGUCUAUCAAAUUGCUCAGGUUAGAUUUUGGUAUUAUAAGGUGUGUAUUCAUAUAACUUUUAAGUCUUAAGAAAUUAAACACCUCUCUAGGAGGAAGAUUAUAUAUCCCUGUUAUUUGAGCAAAGGUUUUGAUUGAUCCUUCUAUCAAUAAUUGGUCCAAAGUAGUUAUCCCUACUUUUUUCCAAUUAUUUAAGUUUGUCUUCCACUUGUUUUUCUACAAUAUCUAACUCUAAAUAACUUGGAACUUUUUUUUCUAUAUUCAUUGCUUUUUUAAUUUUUAACCAAUUUUCCAGUAAUUGAGUUAAAAUAAUACUGGCAUACUCUUUUUUUCUUUGACAUUUUAUUUAUAUUCCAAAUUAAACAGUCUAAGCUAGAAACUUCUCCUGCCUUCAAUUCCAUUUUAUACCAUCCCUCAUCUUUAUUUUCUUUCAUUUGCAUUCUAUAAACAUGUAGGAUAGUAGCUGCUUUAAAAUUAUUCAUUAUAAAUGGAUAGUCAAGUCCACUUUUAUGUAUUUUCUGCACUAAUAUUGACUGUUUCAAUCUUGGCUUCUUGCCUUUCCAAAUGUAUUGAGUAAAACUUCUUUGUAUUAAUUGAAGCCAAUGGAUUGGGAUAUGGAGAGGUAGCAUUUGAAACAUAUAAUUCCACUUUGGUAUGACGUAUGAAUUGAUAACAUUUAUUUGUCCCCAAAAGGUAAUCUCUAAGUUUCUACGAUCUUUUAACCAUUUAUUAAGGUCUAAUAAUAAUGUUAGGAAAUUUACUUCCAUAAUCUUAUUUAUCUCUCUAGUUAUUUUAAUUCCUAAGUAAUCCAUACUUUCUUUAACCCAAAUAAAAUCAUAUUUGUUUUUAAUCUCUUGUUGUAUCUUUUUAUUUAGGUUAACAUCUAAUAUCAAAGAUUUAUUUGUAUUUAACUUAUAAUUUGAUAUAAGGCUGUAUCGCUCUAUUUCUUGCAUUAUGUGCUCUAAAGAAUUUUUAGGGUUUGUGAGAGUAAUUAAAAUGUAAUUAAAAUGAAUUUUUUGGUCCUCAUCCAUUAUUUUAUAACCGUGGAUCUCUUUAUUGUUCCUAAUAUUCUCAGCCAAUGGCUCGAUAGUCAGCAAGUAGAGCAAUGGUGAGAAGGGACAACCCUGCCGGGUACCAUUUCUAAGUUGGAACCAUGGGGCGACAAUAUUAGGUCCAAUAGUUCGUGCAACUGGAUUUAAGUAUAAUGCCAUUAUAGCUUUCUUAAUCCAACCUUCCAAUCCAUAAUGUAGUAAAACGGCUUCUAAGUAUUUCCAGCUGACUCUGUCGAAUGCUUUUUCAGCAUCAAUCGACAGAGUCAGAACUGGAACAUCAUUUCUGUUUGCGUCAUCCAAGAUAUUAAUAAUUUUCCUUAUACUUGUAUAGGAAUUUCUACCUGGAACAUAUCCUAUUUGAUCUUUAUGAAUGAUUAGUGGAAGAAGUUUUUUUAUUCUGGCAGGCAAAACCGAAGCAUAUAACUUAGUGUCUACAUCUAUUAAAGAUAUCGGACGAUAGUUUUUGAUGUCAGUGGGGUUUUUAUCGUUUUUCAAAAUAGGCAAGAUAUUCGCUUUAAGCAUCUCUGCUGGUAAAAAUCCUCUGUUUGCCGCUAUGUUGAAAGCAGAGGUCAAAUGUGGACAUAUUAAAUCUUUAAAUGUUUUAUAAAAUAGGUUGCUAAACCCAUCCGGGCCUGGUGUUUUAGAUCUUUCUAAAUCAUUUAUUGCUUUCAUAAUCUCCUCCAUAGUUAUAGGUUUAUUCAAAAGAUCAUUUUCAGUGGAUGUUAAUUGAGGCUUCUUUAUAUUGUUUAAAUAAUUUUUAAUAUCCUCAUCUGUAUUAAUCUGAGGAAUAUUAUAUAGAUUGGCAUAAUAUUCAUUAAAACACUUUGCAAUCUCUCUAGGGGUUAAUGCUAUUUUUCCAUUCUGUAUUAUUUUAUCUACCUUAUUUUGUCCUAUUUGUUUUCUAAGUUUUUGGGAUAGCAUCUUUUCAGCUCGAUUGCCUUUAGAGUAAUAUUUAACUUUUAAUCUAUCCAUAUUUUUAGCUAUCGUAUCCAUUAAUUUUUGCUUUAUUUUUUCUUUAAGUUCUAAUAUUUUUUCAUAAAUUUCAGGAGAUGGAGAUUGUUUAUUAAUAUGAGUCAAAUUUCUUAAUUCUGUAUGUAAAUAUGCCAAAGUAUUAUUUUUGUCAAGCUGACUUUGUAGCUUGAUAAUAUGACCUCUUAUAACAGCCUUAAAGGCACACCACAAAAUAGAUGAAUCAAUAUUUUCUGAGAUAUUUUCUUUAAAAUAAUUUUUUAUAUUAUCUCUUAUAUAAGUUUUUUUGAUUCACAACAAAGCAAAUUAUCUCUUAACCGCCAAGUAUAGGCUUCUCUUUUAAAUGUACUAAAAAUCAUUUCACAAAAAACUCCAUUGUGGUCUGUCCAAACUAUCUCAUCAAUCUUUGUUUUUUUGGUCAUAUCAAUAAUACUUGGAUCGACCCAAAUCAUGUCCAAUCUUGAAUAGGAAAAAUGCACUUUAGAGAAAUGCGUAUAGUCUCUCUCAUUAGGAUUAAAAAUUCUCCAAAUAUCAAAUAAAUUAUAUUCGUCUUUAAUUUUUUUUAAAGCUUUUGCUUGUUUUAUCACCAUCUGAUUUAAAGUAUUUCCUUUCAUUAAUUUUUUAUCUAUCUGAGGGUCCAGUACAGCAUUAAAAUCCCCUGCCAGUAUUAACUUUCCCACUUUGACUUCAUCUACUUUUUCCAAGAUUGUUUUUAAGUAAGCAACUGGUAAAUGAUUAGGAAGAUAUAUAUUGCAUAAUGUAAAAAGUACAGAGUCAAUUUUGCAUAUUAUUAUUAAAUAUCUACCUUUAGUAUCUUGUAUUUGAUGGAUCGAUUACUUGACCAACAUCCAUGGUCACAGACACAAGACAGACCUCUUGGGGGGAACCGGCCGGGCUGAUGGUCGACAAAGAAGGCCGGGGGACUCCCGGGGUUGGGUGCGGUCGGUGCCACCAAGCCGGUCAUAUAACGCAGCAAAUAUAACACCUAAUGCCAUGUAUGCCAGAAUCCAAAAAUGUUGGACCUUUUUCUCUCACUUAUGUUUAUCCUUCUCCCUUUUGCUGUGUUAAUAUUUAUGUAUUUGUUUCUGUUCUAUCUAUAUAAUGUAAAACCUUGACACACGGUGAUCAUAUGCAGUCUGCUAACGUGAUAGCCUGAUCCAAUCACAGUGCUUCCCCAUAGGAUUGGCUGACAAAGAGGCAGAUCAGGGGCAGAGCCAGCAUGAUGCAAACACAGCCCUGGCCAAUCAGCAUCCCCUCAUAGAGAUGAAUUGAAUCAAUGAUUUUCUAUGAGGAAAGUUCAGUGUCUGCAUGCAGUGGGAGGAGAUAAUGAAUCACAGGAUGCUCGUGCACAGCAGAUCCUCCAUCAACUCAGAAGUCCCUCUGGUUCACUCUUAGUGACUGCAACUGGAGGUGUUCCUAGCUUUCAUUGUAAACACUGUAUUUUCUCUGAAAAUACAGUGUUUACAUGAGAGAGGCUGCAGGGAACUAUAGUUCUCACCUGAACAACCUCAUUAAGCUGAAGUUGUUCAGGUGACUAUAGUGUCCCUUUAAACAAGAAGCAACUAGAAUUCAGAGGUGCUCUUUAGUAAAGCCUUAGCUGGGAGUACUUAAGGUGAAAGCGCCAUUUUUGUUUUGUUUGUUCGUUAUUGCAUUUUACAACAUCAAAUGCAUCAUACAAUAUCCCUUUUGAUGUGAGUUCAAUAAAUGUCCUACUUUUUAAUGUUUUUAUUGCAUGGGUUUCAUGGCUGUAUUAUUCCAUUGUAGGAUGGGUCUGUGGUUCCUCAAUGGGUUUGCACUAACUGCCAGAGUGAGUAUGAUAUUGACAGCAUAGAAAUGGCCCUGGUGGAAGCUCUACAGGAAAAGCUUAUGGCCUUCACAUUACAGGACUUGGUAAGAAUUUCUAUGGUCUGUGGCCAAACUUGCAAUAUGUGUCUGACAUUAGCACACCAUCUGCUUUGUAUACCAGUUUCAUCAGAGACAACUGGGUGCUAUAGUUGGUAGGAACACACAUCUUUUAUAUUACUGAAUGUUUAACACUUCAUGAUUAUGAGUAACCGUUCUCACCGUACUCCUCCUCUUGAUCCAUAUCUUAUUUCUCAAUCCCUGUCUUAACUUAUCCUUUGCUCCAUCUGUGGAAUGAUGUAAUAAUUAUUUUUCAUCCUGCUCCUAAGUACUUUUUUUAGUAUUGCAUUAAUUUAUAUAAACUAAGAAUGUUAAAAAAAUGUUUUUCAUGAUUUUGUAACCUCAGGUUUGCACAAAGUGUAAGGGUAUAAAAGAAGAAAAUAUGCCCGUGUAUUGCAACUGUGCAGGAGAUUUCAGCCUCACUAUUUCUGUAAAGGUAUGCAUAGAUCUGUUAUUAAUGUUAGCUGUUAUGGACGAGUACAUGUGUUCAGGUGGUACUAUUGCUAUAAUUUGCACUUAUUCUUCAUUUUAGGCAUUCACAGAGCAAGUUGACACGUUUCGCAAUAUUGCACAGCAUUAUAAUAUGCCCCAUCUCUUGGAGACCAUUGUUUGGCUGAUGCAGCAAAAUCCUCAGUUGAACAAGUGAUGCCGUCGGACAAGGAUGGAUCCAUUUUGUAUUUAUGUAUAGUCCCCUGGGAACCUGGUUUUUUUAUGACAACCACCCUCUGUUUGUUUGUUUUUUCAACCUACAAUGUUUUCCUUAAAGUAAUAAAUAUUGUGAUAUUUAAUAUA